AUGGCUGCUUCCCCCUCAGCCGCCGCAUCCCGCCACGGAGAAGGCCUCCAUGCCCCUCACGGGGUGCCGCCGCCGCCUUUCCCCCCUCUCACAGGUGACCCUCUCCCCACCGGCGCCGCCAUUUUACUCACCGACCGAGCUCGCCGCCGCCGCCGCCGCCUCCUCCGCCGGGCCUUCAACGCCAGGCCCCGUCACCUGCUCCGCCCCCCUCCUCCCUGCGCCGCUCUCGCUCCCGCUCCCCCCCCCCACCCCCGCCGCCGGCCGCUCGCAGGCCGCGCCUCUCGCGAGAGCUCCGCCAAAGCCGCCCUCAGCCAAUCGCCUCCGAAAGGUCGCGUGGAUCAUAGAGACGAGGGAGAGGGGGGAUCGGCACUGAGGGGAAAAGAGGGAGAGACGGUCUAUAGAGAAUGGGCGUCCUAGAACGGCCUAAAAAUCGUAGCGUUUGAAGGCGCUGCAAGGGAAUCUCUGGCCCGGCGUGGGAUUCGAACCCACGACCCCGUGAUUGAGAGCCUCAUGCGCUACCGGCUGAAGCUGUUAAGUUCUAAUUUAAAAAAAUAAUAAUAAUUCUCAAGCGACAUACAAAAAGGAAACGAUAAAGCUGUUUAGUAAAAACAGUAAAACAGCAUUAUAGAACCUGAUGACUACAGGUGCAGGUAAUUCAUUCUGAUGGAAUUGGUAAAACCUGGGUGAAAAGACGUCCUUCUUGUGGAAAGGACAUAGCUCAGCGUUAGAACUAGUGACUUGCAUGCAGAAGGUUGGAGAUUCAUUUCCAGGUGUGUCUAGUUCGGGCUGGCAAGGUCCCCUGCAAACUGAGUAGAUGUUAUUGGGAUGCACAUUGAGGAAGUGCAGGUCCCUACGAAGAAUCCCAAAAUGCUUAGAAGAGCUAUCCAGCAGAAGCCUAUUUGCAAUUCUGGCAACAAAAUUGUUUCUAUCUGUGGUUGUGUCUCCACCCUGUGCACCAAACCAGUUUCACAGGUUCUUCCACGACUGAUUGGCUAAGGUGAUUUAUUUACGGUAAGUCAUACAAAUAAUUACACUGAUAUUCAUCAGUAUCAAACUUUAUUUCAGUCACAGACCAGCAUAAGAUAAAACACAUGGAUAAACGGAACACAUAAGACUUUAAACAGGUAAAGAAUAAAAACUAGUAAUUAAGAGGUAAAGGUAAAGGGACCCCCUGACUGUUUAGUCCAGUCGUGGACGACUCGGGGGUUGCGGCGCUCAUCUUGCUUUAUUGGCCGAGGGAGCUGGUGUACAGCUUCCAGGUCAUGUGGCCAGCAUGACUAAGCCGCUUCUGGCGAACCAGAGCAGCACACAGAAACAGCGUUUCCCUGCGUGCUUUCAAACUGCUAGGUUGGCAAGAGCAGGGACCGAGCAACAGGAGGAUUUGAACCCAUCGCGGGGAUUGAACCGCUGACCUUCUAAUCGGCAAGCCCUAGGCUCUGUGGUUUAACCCACAGCGCCACCCAGGCCCCAAUUAAGAGGUGAUUAUAUCAUUAAAAUAUCAGAGCCAUUUACUACUAUUACACAAAAAACAUUUUUUAAAAGUUACAAUCAGAAAUCAGUUAUUAUGGAGAGAGGUAUUCUUCUUUGCCUUAUUUUUUAUUUAUAAAAAUAGUUAUACGUGUACCACUGUUUUUUUUUAAAAAAUUGAGCAAAUGAUCUGCUGCUCAGAUAGCCCACUCAUCAGCAUCCAUUGUUAAUGGUCAAGCUACACUAAAAGCUUAUGGGAGGAUUUAGCUAAUCAUGUGUUCCAUUUUUGUCCCUAUAAUAAUUUUGCAUUUUUGUCCCUAUAAUAAUUUUGCUAUUUUAAACUGGUGCAACACUUUAAAGAUAAAAUAGUAAAUAUGUAGUUUGCUUCCUUUUGUCAAGUUACUUUUUGUGCAAGCAUAUGAAAGGUAACUUUUCAGUUGCGUUAUCUACAUACACUUUAGUUUCCAGGUAUAGGUCUGGUAGAAGUAAAAGGUUAAGAAGGUUAAUUGUAAAAGGAUUUCAACUGUUUCCCAUGUAGCUGCUUUUGACAUAUAUAAAAACAACACAUUUACAAACCUCCCUAUACAGGGCUGCCUUCAGAUGUCUUCUAAAGGUUGUAGAGUUUAUCACAGGCAUAGGCAAAUUCGGCCCUCUGCAUGUUUUGGGACUACAACUCCCAUCAUCCCUAGCUAACAGGACUAGUGGUCAGGGAUGAUGGGAGUUGUAGUCCCAAAACAUCUGGGGGGCCGAGUUUGCCUAUGCCUGUCCUAAGGGAAAGUGGGACAUUCUGGCAUGCAAAUCAGAAACCUGGAGGGCAUCUGUAAAUCCAGCACUGUCCCUGGAAAAUAGGGACACUUGGAAGUGCUGAACCUAUAACCAUAGCUGUCAACUUUUCCCUUUUCUUGCAAGGAAUCCUAUUCGGAAUAAGGGAAUUUCACUUAAAGAAAGGAAAACGUUGACAGCUAUGCCUAUAACCCACCCGUAAUGGAAAUCCAGAACGCUUCUCAAUACUGUAGAGUGGUACCUUGGUUUAAGAACAGCUUAGUUCAUGAACAACUUGGAUUAAGAACGUUGCGCCGCUUCCUCCUCCCGCCCACAGGGGGCGCUCGAUGCCUUUCCUUGCCGCUCUGCACUGCUCUCCCCACCAGAGAGAAAGUCCCUCUAAGUUUCCGCUCUCUCUGUGGUUCCUUCCCCGCCCGGAUUCCCUCUGGGCGCCUUCCCAACUGCCACUGCGCGAGACGGGGCAGAGCGUCCUCCUCCUCCCCCUCCCCGCAGCCCAACGCGCACCGCCUCGCGCGCAGCUACCUCGGGCGGCCAUUUUGGCGACGGGUUCCUCUCAGCCUCGGCGCGGGCGGAGCAACAAGUCUGAAGGGAGCCGUGAGGGAAGGAGAGGAGGAGGCGGAGGGAAUGGAAAUGGCGGACUCCGCCGCCGCCGCUCGUCUCGGCUGAGGCCCAGGGAGGGAGAGAGGCGCCGGCACCGAGGCGGGAACGCGCUCCCUUUCUCCCCCAUCCCGAGUCUCUUUGCCCCCCCUAGUUUUCUUCGACCCUCUUUUUCCCUCCUCUACGGUGAGUGAGGGGCAGCCGCUUCGGGCCUGGCUGGAAUAUGGAGGAGGAGGAGGAAGGCGGCAGGCAGCGCGGGUGGGGGGCGGCGGGAGGAGCGACCUCGCCCCUAGGUCGAGAUCAGGGCCUUUAAAACCGCCGCUCGCGCAAGCCCCGCGGUGUGAGACCACAAUUGGGUGACGUCGGAGGGCUUCGUGACGCCCCCGGUAAAAGGCACCCCCCGACACUUGAACGUGGGAGGCUGUGGGGGCUGUUGUUGUUUUUUGGGGGGGUGGAGGUGAGGGAGGGGCGCCCAGGAAAUAGCUCCCCGCCCGAUGUGCGAUAACGUGGCCACCAGAGAGAGAGAGAAACGGAGGAAGGGCGAGUUUGCGGUGUGUCCCCCCCCCCUUUAAUUACAGGCCUUCCGGGUAAUUGUUUCAGGAUCCGCUUGGCGUGUUAACAGCACUGUAGUAAGUAGACUCCGGCCCUCGCCGCUCUAAACCCUGCAAUUCGUGGUUUGUGGGGGGGCAUCAUCUCUCCCUCCUCUUUAUUGUCUAACAGGAAGAGUGACCUUAUUUGAGCUUGCCGGCCUGUUUUUCGGUGGCGAGCCUGACCACACCUUUCUUUGGUUUUGGAUUAAGAAUCUCUGAUUCUUCCUCUGGCUGCUUUUGCCGCGAUCUUUAUUUUCACUUUAUUUCUCCAGCGGUAGCCGCCUUUCCCUUCGCUUGCAUGUGUGAAGCUUCGGUUUGUGGUUUUAGUUAAGGUGAUCACGUUCCAGGGGUGUGUGUGUGUGUGUGUGUGUGUGUGUGUUAUUUAUUUGCACACACAUAAUGGUGAUCACGUUGCAGGUAUAUAUAUAUACAUACACCUGGAAUGUGAUCACCAUAUGUGUGUGUGUCAUCGUAAACGUAAGCCCUGUUCAGUCCAGCAGAACUUAAUUCAUAGGUAAGCGUAUAGACGAUUGUAGCCUAGGGCUAGAAUCUUGUACACUCUUACUUGGGAGUUAGUCUCAUUGAAUUCAAUGGGGUUUACUACUGAAUAGGCAUAGACUUGCACAGUGAAUAGUUCAAAGUGGAGGUUACGACCUCUUGCCUGUUCGGUAAGGUCGAUUUUAUUUUUGUCUGGAAGGCUGUUCCUGCCCACCAAUGAAGCUGCCUCCUUUAAGUGUAGUCAGUCUCCCCUGCCCACUAUAAAUGGUUUUCAUGCCUUACUGUUUUGUGUGCUUAGAAUUUGGCAAAGGGUAAAAUUCUAAUUUUUGCUCCAAAUACACUGAAUAAUAUAAAAAAUGAGGUGUUUCAAUAAUAGCAUGGUUAGGGCAAGUUGUAUGCAUAACACUUUCGAAAGGGAGAACUGGACAUUAUUUUUGUUACAUUAAGAUACUUUUUAAUACACGUGUGUAGCUAGAUUCCAGUUAAGUCUGUUGUGGUAGGCCUUCAUAAGCUUCUGCACAAAAAUAACAACUGUAUGGUUAAUAAUACCUAAUAGGAUUGAAGCAGUGCUUUUUUCUGGGGGUACGCAGGGGUAUGCAUACCCCUAAACAUUUUGUGAAACUAAAUUUGGCCUCAUUGAGGGGCAGUAUUUCAAUAUGAGUAGGAAAAUGAGAGUAUCGCUAAAUAUUUUUUUAGGAAAAAAGCACUGGAUUGAAGAGUCUAAUCUUCUGUUCCAUGCAAUCCUAUAAGUUCCAUUGAACUAUUGUUUUGUAGUCAUGUAUAGGAUUGUGCUAUAAAAGUGCAACUGUUUGCAGGCAGUGUUUGAAAUUAGCCAGGCGCGUUUUGCGACUAGUGUGGGUCCAAUUGUGACCACGCAGAGAUGCCAGGUUAUUCCUGGGGGAAAGCAAAAUGUCACUUUGAGAAGGAUCAGAAAUAUUUUCCUUGAAACUUGAUUUGUUUUAUUCUGGAUUGUUUUAUUUGAUGUUUUAAUGGGUUGUAAACAACUUUGAGAUUUGUUUUUUAAAAUAUAAAGUGUUAUACAAAUGAGAUGAAUAACAACAACAACCACCCCCCCCCCAUCGGGUGCAGGGGGUGGCGCCUAAACAAUCCAUUGUGGUGACUGCAACCUUGGUUUAAGGUGCAAUUUGACAAUUAGCUUAUAUAUGUGAGUUUCUAACAUUGUGUGCUUACUCAGGAGUAAGCCUCAUUGUGUUCAGUAUCUUCCUUUCCCCAAUAAUAUGUAUUUUGGAUUGCAGUCUAGUGCUUACAAUAAAGUGUGUGAGAAUUGGAAGAACUGGCAGUUUUCCAGCAGUAGAUAGGUAGAUAACUCAGUUGUAGGAUACAGUUUUUACUACUGCAUGCUUACUCAAGUGACUUUAGAAUCUUUUUAUAUGUUAACCUUUUUAACUUCUGAAGCUGACUUAACUAUACUUCUUAAUACUAAACUGUGUGUAGUCUGCCAUGGUAAUGGAAUGGAAAAGCUUUAAUUUAAUUUUUGUUUCCCUAUUUUGGUGCUCACUGGUUUUUAAGGACAGUAAAAGUCUAAAUUUUACUUUCUUUAAACUUCCCAAUAAGAUGACCCAUGUUGAAUUUGGAAAUGUGUGGAAUUCAGUCCAGGUCAUUAAUUCCUAUUGACAGAACUCCUAUUCUGAGAAGUUGAAUUUUGCUUGUGUGUAAUUUCCUUUGUCCUUUACGGUUCCUUCUGGAGCAGAAGGUACAUUUCCAUCUUGCUGUCCUUGGCAUCAUAUGAUAACCCUACCAUGGUGACAUAAUAGGUCAUUAUGAAUUUCAUAACAAUGCAGGUUUCACUCCUUUUAGUAUUGUUUUUGUGGUAAAGUAAAUGGUAAAUGCCUUUGAAGGGGUUUGUUUUGCUCAGUGCCCAGCAGUAGGGCAUUGAUAACAUAAGAUACCAACUUUUGUUCAUGUAUAGUUUGACAGUUUACCAUUCUGUCUGCUAGUGCUUCAUUGUUGCUUCUCCUUAGAUAUAUACUGUACUGUACUGUACUGUACUGUAGUAAAUUCUCUCCCUUCUUCCAAUUUCUGGGUAGCAAAUACAAUCAUUUUAUCUUCUCUACUACUAUUAGUACACUUCUGAUGUUGCAUAAAUGUAUAAUAGUAUUACUUAACUUUAUAUAUUGAUAUGAUUACUCAAGAUGGCUUUGGGUCCUGGUCUCAGAUUGUGCUCAGGGUUGCAAUUCAGCAGAAGUGAAGAGAAAAACGUUCUAUGUAGAGGUUGUUAGGCUACAUCUGUUUUCUCAGACAUUUUCAGGCGGUUAAUUCUUAGUACAACUUCUGGAUAUAUUUUAGCUGUAUUGUUUUAUUGUACAGUGGUACCUCGGGUUACAGACGCUUCAGGUUGACUCUGCUAACCCAGAAAUAGUACCUCGGAUUAAGAACUUUGCUGCAGGAUGUGAACAGAAAUCGUGUAGUGGUGGUGCAGCAGGCCCCAUUAGCUAAAGUAGUGCUUCAGGUUAAGAACAGUUUCAGGUUAAGAACGGACCUCCAGAAUGAAUUAAGUUCUUAACCCAAGGUACCACUGUAUUGCCCUUAUUUUUGUACACUGCCUCAUAAUCAUUCUGGUGAAAGGCAGUAUAUAAGUUACUUUAAAUAAAAGUAUUCAUAUUUUUUGAACUAGCUUAAUAAUAAUAAUAAAUAAUAAUAAAUUUUAUUUAUAUCCCGCCCUCCUCAGCCGAAGCCGGGCUCAGGGCGGCUAACAACAAUAAAACAAUACAAAAGUACAACAUAAACAACACUCUAAAAUCAUUCAUUAUAAAAUUCAUUAAUUCAAGCCACUGGCAACCAUUGGGCCAGAGCUCCGCGAAGAUUGCUGAGGGAGGGAGUCAGGCUGUGCCCUGGCCAAAGGCCUGGUGGAACAGCUCUGUCUUGCAGGCCCUGAGGAAAGAUGUCAAGUCCCGCAGGGCCCUGGUCACUUGUGACAGAGUGUUCCACCAGAUCAGAGCCACAGCCGAAAAAGCCCUGGCUCUAGUUGAGGCCAGCCUAACUUCUCUGUGGCCUGGGACCUUCAAGAUGUUUUUAUUUUAAGACCGUAAGUUUCUCUGUGGGGCAUACCAGGAGUAUAUGUUUUCAGGUGGAAUUAAUCCUGGGUUUAUUACAUAUCUUUUUAUAUAUAUAAGAGAUUUAUUAAAGUUUCAGCAUAUUACAAAAAUGAGAGAAAAGAGUAAAAAAAAAUAAGGAAAAAAAAGAAAAUAAAGAUACAAGGUAAAAACAGUUAAAAACAAGUCAGUCUUUCCAUAUCUUAUCUUUCAUUUGCUUGUUUCCCUGACCUCCUCACACCUCCCUUUUUUGUAUUCCAGUUCAGUUAGUUAAUUCAGCAAUUCCUUUCUCUCUUUGAUUUUAUCUUAAUCUUUUAUCUUAAUAUAUUAUAGCUUUAAAUUAUGACCUGUUAACAAUCCAUUUUUACAUAUUCCUUUAUAACAUUGCUGCUAAAAACCACUUAACUUCAAUCCAACAUCAUUAUUACAUAUCUUUCUAGGGACAUAGGAAUAAACAUACUCCUUUGACUGCCUUGAAGUUUGGUUAGAAGAGUUCUGUAGUGAUGUAUAGGGAUUUAAAAUAUUUUUCCACCUAGGCCAAUAGUUGUGUCAUGUAAAAUUUAAGCAUUGGGUGUGCUAAUCUGAAGUUGUUGGUUCAGCUCUCAGAACUGAACCACCACACAAAAAGCAUUGGCAGCUGAAGCUUCUAAAUCAGGGCUAGGGAACAUGUGGCCUACCAGAUUGCUUAAAUACAUGUCCCAUCAUUCCUGACUAUUGGCCAUUCUGCAUGGGCGUAAUGGGAGUUGAAGUCCAAUAACACAUGAAGGGCCUGCAUUAAAGAAAUCAACUUGGGCAACAGGACUUCUGGUUAACUCUUCUUGCCCUGCAGUUGGCUGUAUUCCCCCCAAAAUCUGCUUUGCAGGGUUUCUUAACCCUCCUCAGCAGAUUUGUGAGACCGGAGGAAGAAAGAUAUGAAGGAUUGUGUGAGAGCAGGAAAAAGUAGUUCUGAGAGCUAGAAGGUGAGAUGGAAUUGAUUUUUGCAGCUGAUUUGAAAGUAGGAUCUCUGACAGAGUCAUCAAUCUCACAUGCAUUGGAUGACCAAAUUAUCCAGCCAGCAGAUGCCAUGGAGCCACACCCUAAAAUUUUUAAAAGAUAGAACCUGGGGAAUUUAAAUAAAACCAAUCCGAACUAUCCAAUUCCAGUGUACCACUCUUUCGUUUAUUGUCUUCUGUCCCCUCCAGUCUCCAAAUUGCCAGCUCUCCCAUGGUUGGCUUGAAUUAUCCCUGCAGUGCCAAACUUGACUACAUUAGUCAACUUCUCAUAAGUCAUUUCUUGCUCUCCAGAAAACAUUCCUCGGCCCAAAUAAUUGUCCGCUGCCCCAAUUUUGGUAGAGCAGACAUUGCUAUCAUUUAGUUGUCCUUCUCACAGUUCACCACAUAUCAUUCUGCACCAUCCCUCUUUGCUGUAAAUACAGGAAAAUUAUAAAUUAUGUGUUCUUUUCUCUCCAGUUCACAGUACUAUACUCCACAUUUCUUGGCACAUGGCGCUACUAAUUAAAGGGACUAGUGGUGGAAGAAGCAGAUGCUAUGGCAAGAAAGAUCGCAAUUGCUGGGUUAACUCCAUUGCUCUUCUAAGAAACUCAAAUUUUUUGAUCUGAAAGUGGUUCGGUAAUUUGCUUAGCUUAUGGUAGGGUUGUUGCAGGCCACACUCAGACCCCGAAGGGUUCGCUCUGGAAAGGCCCAUGUUGGACCCGACAGAUUUAUGGCACUGGGGACUCAAAAUUCAUGUCUUGUUUGAAUUUAUGCUGUUUUGCCUAUUGUUAUCUCUGGAUGUCUGCAUGGUUCUCCAUGAUCAGUGUGUUUACUUGUAAAUACAGAAGUAUUACAAAGAUACCAUAUGUCUCCAGUGUUCACCCUUAUUGUUAGGAAGCAAACCUUGAGCUUUCUACCUCUUGAGAACAGUACUAGUUCAAGGACUUUUGCUUCCUGAAGCAGAGGCCAAGUAGUGCCCUCCUGCAACCUGUUUGGGCCAGCACUUUGGAAAAAAAAAACCACUACUCAGGAAUUGGAGCUGUGUGAAGCAGGCUGCUUCAUUCUGUUGUGUCCUGCUUGAGAAAGUGGAGCAAGCAAGCUCCCCUUGUUACAAUGGUACGAUUGACUAGAGAAUGACCUGGGAUAAACUGAAAUAUAGUGAAAAUAUUUUGUAACUUAGUAGCAGAAAAUAAUUUGAGGUAUUUUAUAUGAGAUAUCUAGUGUAUUGUUCUUUUGGUGAGGCUGUACAGCAUGCAUGAUAGAAGCAUAUACAGUAAGUCAUAUCUCAAAUAAGUCUGGUGCAGAAUGGUGCCUUGGUAGUAGUCUUUUUUUCUGAGAAGUCAAAAUUCAGUGACAUUUUAGGAAGGUAAUAAGUAUUACUCAGUUUUGUAACAGAACGUAAAGGGCUUAUCAGGUGAUUACAGAAAGAAACACCAUCACCUUAAUCAUUGAAACCAGAGAGACUUUAUGGGCUUUGUGCUUUUCUCAGCACAACUAAACUAGAACCCUAGUCAUGAGAGAGUUUACUUUAAGUAAAUUUGAUUCAGUGACCCUUGCCUACAAGUAGUCAGCUUAGUCUCACUAAGAGAUUUAAGUUGGGGCUGGAGCAAUUGGAGGUAGAAUUAUGUUGGAGGAAAGUAAUAAAAUCACAGGAGAGUUGAAGGUCUGAAUUAAUAGUACAACCAUACUGUCAAGUCUGAAACAGCUUGGGAGACAGAGGGUAAGAUCAUAGAAUCAUAGAGUUGGAAGAGACCACAAGGGCCAUCGAGUCCAACCCCAUGCCAAGCAGGAAACACCAUCAGAGCACUCCUGACAUAUGGUUGUCAAGCCUCUGCUUAAAGACCUCCAAAGAAGGAGACUCCACCACACUCCUUGGCAGCAAAUUCCACUGUCGAACAGCUCUUACUGUCAGGAAGUUCUUCCUAAUGUUUAGGUGGAAUCUUCUUUCUUGUAGUUUGGAUCCAUUGCUCCGUGUCCACUUCUCUGGAGCAGCAGAAAACAACCUUUAUGUGACAUCCUGUUAUAUAUUUGAACAUGGCUAUCAUAUCACCCCUUAACCUCCUCUUCUCCAGGCUAAACAUGCCCAGCUCCCUUAGCCGUUCCUCAUAAGGCAUCGUUUCCAGGCCUUUGACCAUUUUGGUUGCCCUCCUCUGGACACGUUCCAGUUUGUCAGUGUCCUUCUUGAACUGUGGUGCCCAGAACUGGACACAGUACUCCAGGUGAGGUCUGACCAGAGCAGAAUACAGUGGCACUAUUACUUCCCUUGAUCUAGAUGCUAUACUCCUAUUGAAGAGGCCCAGAAUUGCAUUGGCUUUUUUAGCUGCCGCGUUCACACUGUUGGCUCAUGUCAAGUUUGUGGUCAACCAGGACUCCUAGAUCCUUUUCACAUGUACUGCUCUCAAGCCAGGUGUCACCCAUCUUGUAUUUGUGCUUCUCAUUUUUUUUGCCCAAGUGCAAUACUUUACAUUUCUCCCUGUUAAAAUUCAUCUUGUUUGUUUUUGCCCAGUUCUCUAAUCUGUCAAGGUCGUUUUGAAGUGUGAUCCUGUCCUCUGGGGUGUUAGAUGAGGGAGGUAUCACUGAAAACCUCCUUCCUCCCUGUUCUGCUGACAGAUUUUUUUGGUCAGUGGAUAGUUUCCGUUGAAUACUACCCAAAGUGCUAGAUUUGUUUAGGCUUCUGUUAACUUAUUGAGCCUCGUGCUGGUAGAACCCAUCCUGCAACCUUAGGGUGAAGGGUGGGUAAUUAAUAACAUUCUUGGGAUGAAGCAAAUAAUAAUUUCUCAAAAUCCACGUCACAUUUCUGCAGUCACCACAGAAGCAAUAGAGAUGGAAGAACAAAAGGAGGAAUAAGAUACGUGUAAAGAAUGCACACUGUUCUCAUCAAUAGGCUAAGCAUUUCCACAAAUUAUAGUUAGAUGGGAAAGCCUGGAAAAAAAUGGGGAAAUUUGGAGAAAAACAGGUUUCCCCCCGUUUCCCCCCCCCCAAAAAAGGUCUGGAAUAUUCAAACUAUAUCAAACUCUUUCCCCCCCCCCCCAAUUUUCCCUGUUUUUCCCCAGGCCUUUUCAUCUGUAUUCCUUCCCCCUCAAAUAAAUUCCAGAGAUUAAAGAAUCUUAAAACACUAUUUUUUAAUUUAGUGUUUAGACUUGCUAUACUGUUUAUAUGAGUGAAGUCUGAAUAUAACUCUUUAUUAUUGGAAAUCAAGGAAGUGUCACAAUUCACUGGCAAAGGCCUACUCUACUUUGCCAAACCUGUGUUAGGCAUUACAAAUAUAGGCCAUCAUAAAACAUCCAUAUAUAAAAUUUUAAAAGAUAUACAAAUAAACAGCCAUGUAAAAAUAUGUAAUAAUGAGGAUUUUCAUUGGAGUUUCUUCCUGCUAAAUAGUGUCAUUCAUCGCUGUAAGAAAUAAUUUUGAUAAAAACUCAGCCACCCUUGCUGGUUACUUCCAGGUUAAUGUCAGACAAAUAGAAUUUGAUAUUUUCAUUGUGCCAUUAUGUUAGACUACCCCGAAAAGGAGAUAGCACUCAUUUGCAUAGCUGGUUGUACAAAGGCCUACUCUGCCAUUUCAGUGAAAUAAUUGCAAAUUAUACAUGGGUGUGUUCACCUCAGAGUGUUUGGUGAAAGGGACCUUCCAGGUAGAUUGUGCUAAGUGUGGACAAUGUUUUCUCUCAUCUUGGAACAUUCACAAAAAUGUCUUCACUUUGGAAGAAAAGCUCAUUUUGCCGAUUAAGCUGAUUAUUUCUUUAGCUUAUUGAAAGGAUAUGUGUGUUGGCUUUGAAGAAUUACAUGUAUGCAAAACAGCCAACCAAAAAACUGCAAAUGAAAUGGACUAGAAUAAAAUAGCAAGUGCAAUAUGAUAUGUAAGGUAUGUUCCUUUGCAUUUCCACUAGCAUGUUGGCUGGUGUCAAAAUGGUACAUGAGGAUAUAGGGAAAAAUUAGUUCAUUUAAAUCAAUAGGGUGGUAUAAUUUCAUCUCAAAAUGCUUGCUAGCAUGCUGGUUGUGAUUAAAAGUACUUACAUAGUUCAGCAGCAAUGUCCCAGGGAGGUGACACCUUGAACAAAAUAUGCACUGAAAGCUUUGCAAACAACAACAACAACCCAAUAAAAGCAGUAUACUAGGUGCACACUUCAUAUAUUGAACUAAAGUGUAUGGAAGUGUAUGAAAAAAAUUUGAACUGGCUUUCUGACAGAGGAUAUUGGAGGAUCAGCUACAAAAUUUAUAUAAAUUGCGUAAGCUGCAGGAUUCAUGCACAAAUGAACUGUAGGAAGGGACAGUAACUUGCUUUAUGCUAUGUUUUUCAACCUAUGUUUCCCUUUGUAAUGUGUACACAUUCUGUGUACAGGUCUCUGGUCUUUAUAUACUGUAUCGAUGUGAUGUAGAUGGCAUUAGUGUGAGAAUGGUACUGCAUCAUAGUGCGAAAUUGUAUACAUGAGCCGUCUUUUUUUUUCUUUUUUUGUAUCUUCCACUUAUUUGAUUGUAUAAAUCCUAGAUAUAAUCCCUGCCAGCCUUCAGUUAAAGAAUGUUUAUGUUAGAGUUGGUCCCUGUCUAAAAUGCUGGAGACAAGAUUUUAUUGUGGUUUUCUGACAGUUAGAUGUAGCAGAAUUGAGUUGGCUUACUGAUGUCACUGUAAGAGUUGGAUAUUGAUAGUUCCAUGUUUCAUAAGGGUUAUUGGAAAAUUAACAUCUAGGCCAAAUUUUCUUUCUGGAAUUGUUGAAUGUCACUGUGAACUAAGGAUGUUUUCAGCAGUUGACUCUAUCCAUAGCCUGCAGCUUUGGUCAAAAAACAUCUGCCGCAGCUUUGCACAGUUCUGGCUCUUAGCCGCCUUUGGCAGCAGUCUGCAGCAUUCCAUCAUACCCGGUUGUAAAACAUCUCUAUUGUUUUGGCAACAUCUGUUUUCUCUGGAGUACUCCACUAGAGUAACAAGGAGUUAAGGAAGCGUGUGAGGGAGCCAGGGUGAUGUUGGAGGCCAGGACUAUAGAUUGUGGUGGUGGAACCCUCUUGGCUGGGAGCUUUGAGCAUUACAAAAGACAGAGCAAGUGUCAGAAUUUGUAGCUGCUUUAUUUUGCUCACCACCUCCCUUCUUCUGAAGAGUUAGUCCAGACAGAAACAGGGUUCUGUGAUAUAUCCAUUAACAGGCUAAUGUGUGAACCCACCGUUGUACCAACACCAUUUGUGGAAAGUUUUGGUUUAUGCUUUUAGCUCCGCUUCCCCCCCGUUAGAUUUUUGAGUACAUUGUACUGUAAUCAUGACAGUUCUUCUUGCAAGGGUUCCACUAGCAUUAUUCUACUAGCAUGUUACAGGAAGCAGAAUGUCAUUGUAAACGCCGCUAAAAUCUGUAUAGGUCCUUUAAGACAAAAUCUGUAUAGGUCCUUUAAGACAAAAAGAGCCACUUGGACCCGUUUCCGAAGAGAGAAAAAACUGGGAGCCGCAAAACUUACAAAAUAAUAGAAAACAAACUGGACUUCAGAAAAGAGCAACUGAAAUGAUCCAGGCAGGGUUUUCCUCCCCACCCUCUCAGGUGGGUGCCAUUGCCAGUCUAAGAGAACAAGGGCGAGUUUUGGCACCGCUUUCUCUAGAAAAAUAGCACUGGAAUCCCGGGGCCUCCCCUGCGAAGAAAGGUUGCAGCAUUUGGGACUUUUUAGUUUUGAGGAAGGUUACCAGACGUCCACGUUUCCCAGCGACAGUCCCCAGAUUUACAAAUCAGUCCCAUGGCAAAAUCUAUUUAAUAGGAAGUUGAAAAGUGUCCCCAGAUUCAUUGAAAAAACAAACUGGUAAUCUUAGUUUAGAGAAGAGGUGACAUGAUAGGAAGUUGGCAAAUUAUGCAUGGAAUGGAGAAAGAGGGUAGAGAAAAGCUUUUCCCCCUCUCUUGUGGACCACCAGAACUUGUGGACAUCCCAAGAAGCCGAAUGUUCAAAGAUUCAGGGCAGAGGAAAGAGAGGACUUUUUCACCCAGCACACAACUGAACCAUGGAACUCCCUCACACAGGCGACAAGUUGGACGGUCUUAAAGAAAUUCACAGAGGUAGUAGUAGUAAUGGAGCUGGGGGGUGGGGGUGCGAGGGGGGUACACGGAUGCCUCUGAGGGAGAGGAUUUUGUCUGUCAGGGGAAGGAAAUGCAAUGGAGAAACCAAAAGGGAUAAGGUGCUACCAUUAAAAAAAUAAAAUAAGGUUUUAACCUAAGAAGCGAGUGGAGGUUAAACCGAGCAUUAAGUGGCAAGGGCUGAGGUCCCCUGAGAUUAUAUUUAAUUAAGAAAAAUGACAAUGAUACUGUUAAUGAUGGUGGCAAUAGUAAUAAUAGUAUUAAUAGUAAUAAUUGCCGUGGGGCAGCAAGCCGCCCACUGCCGGUUCCCGCUCGGCCAAUCGCCCGGCGCGUGAGCUGCCACCGGAGGGGCCGAUUGAAGGAGGCUGGUCUGGGGGGCAGGUUCGAGCUGCCCGAAGGCGCCUGACAAAGCGGGCGAGGGAGCGUCCGACAUGUGGCAGCUUUGUAAGCGGGCGCAAAAAGUCCUGUCUGGCCGACACGGCGCUCAGGGACCGAGUCCCGGCAGGCUGCGUUUUCACAGGCAUUUUCUCGCAACCGCCGCAAAAGACUUCACGGGAUGGCCGUGUACUUUCUACGCUUCUCACGCCAGUAGGAAAUUGAGGGAUGCUCCCUCGCCUCUGCCCCUGCUUGGUUCCCUGUAAUGUGGCUUCUUGCAGCGAGAAUGUAAUGUAUAUGUAAUGUAAGAUCAAUUUAUUCUUUUUAUGUUUGUUGUGUAAAUUUUUUUGGGGGGGGAAAUCAUUCACUCAUUUUGUGGCAUUUUGUUUUGGCUGCUGGGGGUACAUGGGUAGCUCUAGUAUCCGCCCCGGAGCCGAGGCAAAGGUGUAAAAGAACCACAUGCAGCUCCAGAGCCGCGGGUUGCCGACCCCUGGUAUAGGUUGUUGAUAGGAGGAACAAAAUAAAUAAUCUUAUAUGUGGAAUCUGUGGACUGACUACUCGCCAUUCAUUCACAUUUCAGUGUGCAAAAAAUAACAAUCCUUCUUCAGAGCAGCAUCUGACCAGUGCAGAGCCAAGCUGAGAGAUAAACCCUGGCUGUGCACGGCCAAAUUGGCAAGCCCUCGACAUGCUUUCUUACAGAAGCGCAUAUUCUCUUUCCUCCUUCAGCUUCUAAGAUGGAGGCAUGGCAGGUUGGCUGAGUAGUAUCCCACUGCCUCCCACAUCCAUCUUUGAUGUGGAUGGAGUGGUGGUAUGUAGAGUUGCUUCUCCCCUCACCUGGCUUUGAGCUGGAGUGGGAAGGAAGAGGCAUGUUGACUUGGCUCUGUGCAAGCUCCAGAGAGCCUUGUUUAGGUUGAGCUCUCCGCUGUGUGUAUAGGUCCUGCUGAGCACCGAUACAUAUCUUUAUAUGGCUUGUGCGUGUAUGGUUGUAUAUAAUAUUAUAGUAUUAAUAGGGUUUUAUACACUAGGGAAAUUCAUUAUUCAGGAGACAUAAAAACAUUACAGGCAUUUCUGAUGCAUUUUUGUGACAUCCUUAGAGAAACUCCUCAAAGUGUGGUGGAUCUUUGGUGACGUCUAUCCUAUUGCAAUGUCCAGGACAGGAUGUUAGAAUAGCUUGCAUAAUGCAAUAUUUGAUUAAAAUGCUUUCAUUGCUCAUUUCUGCCCCCUCUUAAAUUAGGCUUUUUUUGUUGAAUAGCAUAGCUCUUGAUAAUCAGUGGUUUUUCCUAUGUACUCUGUGUAAAGAUUUUAAGAAGUGACCUCUUUGCAGUUAUUCCUACCAUUGUACUUUCUCUUCCACCAGUCUUGCUAGAAUGCACUUUUACUUUGUUUACAAAGGGUCUACCUUUUACUUUCCAUCUCCAUGCAUUAUAUUUACUUAAAUUCUCCUAAGCGUUUCUAGCUAUUUCCUAACAAUGAAAAUUUUGAAAUGUUUGCUGAUCUUUGGGUUACACUGUUGGUGAAAUGGGGAGAGAGAUAUAAUGCAAAAGAUCAGAUCGGCUGUGGACACAUUCAGCUAACUGUGAAAAGGUUGACAACUUAAGAGUCUUUAUCUUCAGAGAUCGACUGCUCUGUUUUGCUGGUGAAAAUAAUAUACAGCAACAAAGGGAUGAAGACUUUGCGUAGCUUGGCUGCUUAUUUUCAUGUUUUUUCUUUUAACUGCUGUUCCAUGAUCUUGGCUAGAAUGAAAAGAUUGAGAUAUUUCAAAUAAGCUGAUAACUGGGAUGGCAAAGUCUGGUUGUGUUGUGAUAAUAGCGACAAUGAAGAAAUGAUACUUUUGAGUGGCUAUGGAAAAGAGAAGUUAAAUACUUAAAACUAAUGCUCUUUUGACUAAUGCUGGAUGAGUUUCAGUAGAAAUACAACUAGAAAAAACUAGACACUUGUCACUUAAAUCAUUCCAGUACUUGGUAUACCAUGUGUUUUUGGUUGCAAAAUAGAUAUCUGUGCACAAAUGCUGUGUUGGUAAUUCCCACAAGUCAUACUAAGAGAAAACUAACAUCUCAUUGCUUAAUAUAGUUUUACAGCUGUGAUUGCUCUUGUAGUAUGUUAAAAUACUUGGCUUAUUUCUGUGAGUGUUUUUUUGUUGCAAUCCCAGAAAAGCAAUAAGGUUGUGAAGAUGUUAGGGUGUUUGUUGCUUUAUGUUGUGAAGCAGGGCUAGAGCAGAAUCCUAUCUGGUAGGUUUCUAAUUAUGUGCUGUAAAAGAGUCAUUUUAUUUUGUUAUAAAUACUGUGCAUGAUUAUAAUUAUACAGUACUGUAACAUGAGAUGUUUUGAUGGUGGCAGCAUCUGGUUUGUAGACACUAUUAGAUUGAUAAUGUUUGAUAGGAUUCUCCUUUCUUCCUUUCUACAUAGAUUGAUUUAAUGGUCAUGAUGCACAGUUUAGUGUUUCUGUCACAUUACUUUCAAGUUAGCAAUCUGAUGUCAACAGGUCAUAUUCCUAAUAAUUGCAGCACUGUUGAAACUGAGGGAUGCUUCAGAGGCAGAUUGGGCGAUAGGAGAUGGGUUCUUCUAACAGAUAAAAUUCCGUUAGGCCUGUGCAGUCUUUUAAGUAUAUACAAGUAACUCCUUCAGAUCCUAGCCAUGAAUUUUAGCUAUUUCUUAAAAAUACACAUUUUUUAAAGGUAAAGGUACCCCUACCUGUACGGGCCAGUCGUGUCCGACUCUAGGGUUGCGUGCUCAUCUCGCGCUAGAGGCUGUUAGCCAGCGCCGUCCGAAGACACUUCUGGGUCACGUGGCCAGCGUGACGAAGCUGCAGCUGGCGAGCCAGCACCAGCGCAGCACACGGAAACGCCGUUUACCUUCCCGCUAUAAAGCGGUACCUAUUUAUCUACUUGCACUUAAGAGUGCUUUCGAACUGCUAGGUGGGCAGGAGCUGGGACUGAACGACGGGAGCUCACCCCGCCGCAGGGAUUCGAACCGCCGACCAUACGAUCGGCAAGUCCUAGGCACUGGUUUUACCCACAGCUCCACCCGCGUCCCCAACACAUUUCUUAAAUAAGCUUAAAAUAAAAUCAACAUAUAAUACAAAUGUUCUAAACCCUACAGUGUAUUUUUAAUUCUAUUCCAUUGCCAUUUGUAAAAUGGGGGGAGUGCCUGUUUUUUAAAAAAGAGCUUUGGCAGAGUAAGCAGAUGUUACAACUGAUAUUUAUUAUAAUUCCUACUGGCAUGGAUUGUGAAUCAUAUGUGCUAGAAUCCAGGGAGUUCCAUCCUGUACUCAGAUACGGGUGACUGCUAAGCCAUACUGUGUGAUCUUGUACUCUAUAUUAUCUCACUAACUGAGCUCACAGCAGUGUCUUGUUUCCCAGAUUUAAGUUAAGAAAACACGUUUGGUCCAACUAACAUCAACUCUAGCUUUUGAAAAGUUCUGAACAAUUAAAUUUUCCAGUAAGUGAUCCUAAAGUAGUUGCAUAUGUACGGAGAGAAACAAAAAUUAUCUAUUCACAUAUUUUGCCAUCUCUAGUCUCAAUGCAUAUAUUUCAUUUAUUGAAUUUAUAUCCCAUCCUUCCUCUCACAUAAAAAAACCUAUUCCAGUACAAAUGUAGAUAUAUUUCUGUAGUCAAAAGAUUGUGAUCAAAGGUUCUGAAAUAUAUUGCAACCCGACACAUUAGUGUUAUAAGAACCUUUGAAUCUAUCAGAAUAUUGAUAGCGUAGUAAGGAAGGAAAUUGUGUUUUUGUUUAGGGAAAUGGCUGUUUUAAAUGGAAAGCCACGAGAAUCAGUAAUGUCACAUUGGUAUUCCUUGGAAUGAUUUAGAUGAGUCAUUUUAAAUCACCCUUGCUUGUCAGCUGCUGUGGAGGGGCUGAGCUGGGAAGGGCAGAAGGGAAAUGUGGGUUGGCCAAGGCUGCUACUCUAUUUCUGGUGUUUCUGCCGCAACUUGCUCUUAGUGACCCCUUUGCAUUAUGGACUUACUGACUAAUAACACUUGUCUGUGUUUUGCAUCUAAUAUUGCAGACAUUGCAAUCUCCAGUGCUAGUUUUAAAACUUAAUCACAUCCCCAUAUGUUGUAAUUGGUUAAUAGUUAUUUGAAGCUUGCAAAUCCUAACACCAUAGACAAUGUAUAUGCAGGUCAGUAUCCAACAUGCCAGAUGGGGAAAUUACUCAUUUGUUUGAGCAAGAGUUCAGGGUCUCUUUAGACUGUAGCUCCCUUUUGACUGUGGCUCCACCAGAACUUGAGGGAUUUUCAGAAGCUGCAUUCAGAAAAGGCAAAUGGCUUUACAUGCAAGUGUGUGCACGGAUUGCACACAAAUAUACACAAAACUUAGGUUGCUAACUGUUACUUGAUAAUGUUAGAAGAAAGAAAUAGAAAAUAUUUUCAAGUUAGUGAACACUUUCUACCAGAUGGUUGUAGAAGCAGACUGGAGAUGUGACUGAAACAUUAAUGAUUGAUGUAGCUUUCCUUAAGCUUGCAGUGUAGCUUCAGGAGCUUGGAAUAGGAUCUUCCUGAUUUGGCAUUUACGUAAAAGGGAACAUCUGUAGGCAAGCCUAGCAGUGCUGGAAUUGAAGCCUGCCUUUUGUUAAGGGUUCUGCUGUGCAUAAAUACUGUAACACCCAUCCCAAUUUUCAAGUCAUGAGAGACUUCAAGGGUUAUUCUUCAAGUGGUUAUCCUGGCUUUGAUUUCCUUAGAAUAAAAGUCACUGGAGUCUGUAGUGUCUCCACAUUGUGUAAUUUUAUUUACACACAUAUACAAACUGAGCAAUAAGUUUGAAGGGCUUACAGAGUCCCAACGGAUCUUGCUCUUCCAUUGGAUUUCUAGGGAGGGUCCUGAAAGCCAUAGCUUUGGUUUAAUCACAAAGAGCAAGUCAGGCCUCUGUGUCUUCCCGGCUCCAGAGGACACGAGGCAAAAGCUAGACCCUGACUUCUUAUUCUUCUACUGCUAGGGUGCCUUGGUCUCCAGCCUGGUGAGGGAUGAAGACCUACCCUCUCCUUCUGGAAACAACACUAGCUAGUUGUUUCUAUGACAACACAUCUGUACAUUAUCAAUUCUCUAGACAUAAAAAUGGAUGACUUGGUCCAGGCUUCCUCAGCCUCAGCCCUCCAGAUGUUUUUGGCCUGCAACUCCCAUGAUCCGUAGCUAGCAGGACCAGUGGUCAGGGAUGCUGGGAACUGUGGUCUCAAAACAUCUGGAGGGCCGAGGUUGAAGAAGCCUGACUUGGUCAGUCCCAUUCACUUGACUAUCCAAUGCAAUCACCAAUCAUGUGACAGCACUUAUAUUCACUCUAAUGACACCUUUGUGCCUGCGUCCACCCAAUUCAAACCCAAGAUCCCCCUCCCCUCAUUGUGUAUAUAUAUGCUUGCAAAAUCGGUAAACCUUUUGAAAGCUGUUUACCUUACCUUUUGAAAGCUGUUUAUAAAUAGGCCUGUUCCCUGCAGCAUUUUUUGCAUGCUGCCCUUGCUCUUGGUUUGGGGGAGUUUGAGAAAAGGGGCCUCUGUUAAGUCUUGCGGGAGUCAUCCACAUGUGGUAGCUGACCCUGCUCAGCCAGCUUGUGUUUAACAUACAAUAUUAUCCCCUUGCUCCAGGGUAGAGUAAAAUUGCAAUGUAUUCUCCAAUGCAGUGGAGAAUUUCCAGCAGAAGGAAGUGAACAAAUUGUAUGCCAACUGCUCUUUAUGCUAAAGUAAUGUCUAAUUACUUUUCCCCCAAAUUAAACACAUUAGGGGUUUAGUGUAUAAUAUGCGUUCUUUGCAUAAUGGCCAAUUAUUCUGUCAUCUAACUGAUGGGAUAUGACUUUUAGUAUUAUUAAAGUAUAAGCUGAUAAUUAGGCUUUUAGUUUUGCUUUAGAAUUAAAGAGAUACUUUUAUAAAGAAAUUGAACAAGAAAUGAUUAGCCAACUUUUUCCCUCUUCCUUCUGGCAGAUCUUUUAAAAUUGCAUGAUGUGUGAUGAGUUGGAGCUUCUUAACAGGGAGAUUGGGAGGUUAUUACAAAGCAUCAUCGUGGAAGGAAGCUCCUUAAACUCAGAAUCUCUUCAGCCAUCAAGCUCUGAUUCCUGGGAUGUAGCCACUGCUUCAAGCAGUGAAACACAAGGCAGUUUAGUAAAGGUAUCAAAUACCUUAUUGUUGUUACAGGGCUCCCAUGAUAACUUGUCCUAUCAUAGUAGACUUUAUUUGCAUAGUAUUUAGAAAGCCAUCUAGGAUAUGUGUUGGCACACAUUAUCUGUAAGUGGUGUUGAAUUAUAAUGUUGCUUAAAGGUUGACACAAUUCAAGGAGGAAUACUUAUGCCCUGUUUAUUUGAGAAAGAUACAUUUCAAAAGUCUAUGCUAACAUAAAUUUCCCCUGAGGUAACCAAAUAAUAAGCCCUAUCUUAAAAUGCAGUUUUAGGGAAGAAUUAUCCUUUUGCGUAUGGCAAAAUAUCUGACAACAUAAAUAAAUUGAGAGAAUAAAAUUGCAUUAGAUUUUUCUGUAGCAUUUUUUGUGGUUGUUAAAGCCUAGUUUUGUCUGAAGAUGGCACUUACAACAGUUUUGGCCAUAUUUAAUUCAACCUCCCCAAUCUCUCUUUUUGUUUUCUGCGCUGAACAAAUGGUAUUGACACAGUAUUUAAAGUGCUGGCCCUUUAAAUGAGAUGGGGUAGAAUCUUCAAGCUUUUGAUUUCUGGUGGUUGGGAUUUGUCGGUUGGGCAAAUCCCUGUGUGGGUUAGUGAUGGAGAAAGCGAGAACUGGCAGCAGAAGCAAGGGGAUGUUUUAAUACUGAAGAUCUGUUCAAAAACCUUAACAGGUAACUUGUUCUUCAAAUCAUCCCUUAAACAGGAAUACCCAUAUUUUAUAGUAGGAUGAAGAUUUUUCUUUUGCAAGUAUUCAUUCUAUGACUUCACAAUAAUUUGAAGUUUUAAUUACCUUAGUACUCUUUGAUUUAUAAAAAUACCUGUGCCCAAUUCCAUUCCUGUAAAACACUUGAUAGAGGCAAAACUUUGAAAGUUGUGGUCGAGUGUAGCAUUCACAAAUGGUUAAUGCUUAAUAGGUUUCAUCCUGUAUGAAAUGUAAUGAAAUUAUCCCCUUUAAAAAUACGUUGGUGCAAGUUCUAAUAAUUUAGUUAGUGUGAGCAGGAUCUCUUAUUUCAAAUGGGUAAGAAGUGGUGAACAACAAUCUAAAUACAUUUUUUGUAACAGGCAGCCAAACCAAGUGCAGCAUUGCUGGUUUCGGAGUCAACAGGAUGGCAUCAAGAUGAACUUUGUGCUUCUGACUUCCCCAGAACAGCCUGCACUGUAGGGCUUAUGCUGAGUGACUUGCUUCUGCCCUCCAGUGAUUCUUCCUUUGGUUUAAGUCAAGAGGGAGAAAAAAUACUGGCAUCCUCUAAUGCUAUGUCAGGUAAAAGCAUUUAGAGGAUAUUGGAGCCUAUUCUAUUUCAUUUGCUUUUUCUGGAAAUUAGGAUCCACCUUCUUAUUUCAUAACCUUUCUUUACUAUCCAAAGUAAACCUAUAUUAAGAUCUUAAUUAUAUACUGUGUUCUGUUGCAUUGCAGUCUCUUCAGAAUUCUAUUGUACUUUAUUUUUCGCUGUAUAAGACAAUGUUGUUUGCUAAAAAAAAUUAGUCAAAAAUUAAGGGGGGUCUUAUACAUGGAUGGUGAAUGCACAGGGAUUAAACUGUCCCUCCCGGGUGCCUGGCUUGGGCAAUCUCCCCAAAAAAGCUCAACUUUGGGCGAUCUUGAGUGUUGGUGGGGCACGCCUCGCUGCUGCCCCAGGCGCCCGUGGGGGUUGUCAUGCUGUUGCCAGUGCUUUGAAUGUUUAAUAAAAUAUCAAAGUUGUUCUGUUUGCUGUUUAAAAUAUUGAUUUCUUAAUUUUGGGUUCGGAAAAAUAGGAGUCAUCUUAUACAUGGGGGCAUCUUAUACACGGGAAAAUACAAUAAUUAUGAAAGCAAGUCCUAGCUGUGUCCACAUUGCUGUGUGACAUUGUGUCAUAUAACAUGUUUGUGGAGUUUUGCGGCUCAAAGCUGGGGACUUUGUUCAUAAUUAGGCAGGGGACAGUUGUCUGAAGAAAUUCAGUUCUGAAAAGUUGGAAGUCCAACUUGAGAAGGCUUGCUGUAAGCAGAAUAAAUUAUAGAAAUAGUGUUAUGACACGCCCAGUACAAAGAUUGUGUAGGGCUGAUACUCAUUUCCCUGCUAUUCCAUAGGACAAAAGGCAUGGACCCCAAUCCAGAAGAUUUUUCCAAUAUAUUGUGAACGAGUCUUGCCUAGAUUCAGUAUCUCAGGAAGUCUAAUACUGUAUGGGGUGACUGGUGAAAAUUGUCAGGGUCCCAGUAGGCAUGGAAAAUGUAGGAAGGCAGACUUACAGACCAGUUUGUGAUGUACAGAACAUGCUUCCUAUUCAGGCACCAUUCUUGGAUUAUGAGCAGUCACUGGAGUGGGAGCCCAUAGUGUCGCUGAUGUGUAUGGUAACAGUUGCUCUAUUCAGAGUAGCAUAACUGAGGUUAUAGGUAAAAAGGAGACUUGAAAGCUAUAUGGUUGGUGUCUGUGUUCAGUCAAUGUGCACUAAGUCAGAAUCUCUGGGGUGGGCAGGGGAGCAACUGGAGAAGUACCUUGUAUUAUGCUGCAGCACACCUAGAGUACUGCUACGUUUGUUUCUGGCAGACAGCGAUUGUGGAGUUGGGAAGAAGGCAAGUGUGGGAACAUGUUUCAGCAAGUGCAUGCUUUAAUUGCCUAACCUGUUCCCUUCAAGCUAUAUUUAAUGUAACAGACAACAUACUUUAGAUUCCACACAUGCUAAAAUAAACACAAUGGUGCAUUCAUAGGGUAGGAAGCUGCCUUAUACAGAGUCAGGCUGUUGGCCCAUCUAGCUUGGCAUUGUCGAUAAGUGACUGGUAGGAGCUGUCCACGGUUUCAGACAGAAGCAUUUCCCAGCUCUACCUUGAAGAUUGACCCUUUAGACAAUAUGUGUGCUGUGUUCAAAAUAUGCUGUAACUGUAGGACCAUUACAAAACUAGCAAUGUUCUGCUUUUUUAAGAGUCAUCAGCUGUCUAAAUUCCUUCAGGACCCUUUCCAAGCCUCACCCCUCAUUGGCCCUGCUUCACACCCAGGGUGUUUCUGCCUAGUUGCAAUGUGUCCUUGAAUGCUGAUGAAGUCUCUAGCUGCUUGCCUGGAUGGAUGGAUAAUAGGGGGUAUGUGUAUGUGUCUAUAGAAAGUAGUUUACUCCAAAAACAAACCUACAUUAGUUGCUGUACCCACUUUUGUCUCUGUCCUCACCUGUGAUCCUCAGAGGGGAAUGUCACUUCAGGCUGAAAAAGGUGCCCCAUCCCAAUCUAAAUAUGUUAAUGAAAUAGCAAAUUUGCUUUUCCAUGUUUAUCAGGUUGAAAGUAAAUCAGUGUUAAAAACCUUUUGUGUUUGUUCUUUUUCAGGGGUGACAUAUGGGAAUAGUGUUAUCACUGGUGUGAAAGAAGAGAAUCUGGAAUCUCUGGCACUGGAUUCUGAAUCUAAUAUGGAAACCCGUUCUCUUGGUAAAUUAUUUUGUUUAGGAAAGUGUCUAACCUGAAUAAAGGUUUCUAAUUGUAAUUACUUCCAUUUCUGAUUAUUAGGCUGUGAGUGCUAUUGCUUAUGUAGCCAAAACUGUACCACCCAUUCACAAGAGAUAUAUAUUGGAAGGUUUGGUGGUGACCCCAAGGUUUGCAGAAGUACAAAAGUAUUUUUUUAAACAAAAUAAGUAGGAGGGAACGGCCCAGUGAUGACUGAGCAUGUGCCCUGGUCACAGAAUGCUGAUUGCUGGGGAAAGGUGAAUGAAGUAGCUGGAACCUCAAACACCUGACACGGAAACCUUUUGUUAAAGGUUCCAAUUGCCUAUACAGUGGUACCUUAGUUCUCGAGCUUAAUCUGUUCUGGGAGUCCGUUUGACUCCCAAAACGGUUCAAAAACAAAAGUGCAGUUUCUGAUUGGUUGCAGGAGCUUCCUGCACUCAAGCAGAAGCCGUGUUGGAUGUUCAGCUUCCGAAAAACGUUCCCAGACAUACUUCCGGGUUUGCAGUGUUUGAAAGCCAAUUUGUUCGUGAGACAAGCCAUUCAAGUACCAAGGUACCACUGUAAUAAUACUGAUCAUAGUCUGCAUUGAUUUGCAAUGAAAGUUAAUAGUUUUAAUAGUUAUUAGUCUCUGAUAUACUCUUUAUGAUAAUGAUAAUAAUAAUAAUAAUAAUAAUAAUAAUAAUAAUAAUUAAUAAUAAUAAUUUAUUAUUUAUACCUCGCCCAUCUGGCUGGGUUUCCCCAGCCACUCUGGGCAGCUUCCAACCAAAUAUUAAAAUACAGUAAUACAUCAAACAUUAAAAGUUUUUGUAAACAGGGCUGCCUUCAGAUGUCUUCUAAAAGUCUGGUAGUUGUUUUUCUCUUUGACAUCUGGUGGGAGGACGUUCCACAGGGCGGGCGGGUGCCACUACCGAGAAGGCCCUCUGCCUGGUUCCCUGUAACUUGGCUUCUCACAGUAAGGGAACCGCCAGAAGACCCUUGGCACUGGACCUCAGUGUCCGGGCAGAACGAUGGGGGUGGAGACGCUCCUUCAGAUAUACUGGACCGAGGCCGUUUAGGGUGUUAAAGGUCAACACCAACACUUUGAAUUGUGCUCGGAAACGUACUAAGAGCCAGUGUAGGUCUUUCAAGACCAGUGUUAUGUGAUCUUGGCGGCCGCUCCCAGUCACCAGUGUAGCUGCCGCAUUCUGGAUUAGUUGUAGUUUCCGGGUCACCUUCAAAGGUAGCCCCACAUAGAGCGCAUUGCAGUAGUCCAAGCGAGAGAGAACUAGAGCAUGCACCACUCUGGCGAGACAGUCCGCGGUCAGGUAGGGUCUCAGUAUGCGUACCAGAUGGAGCUGAUAAACAGCUGCCCUGGACACGGAAUUGGCCUGCACCUCCAUGGAUAGCUGUGAGUCCAGAAUGACUCCCAGGCUGCACACCUGGUCCUUCGGGGCAUAGUUACCCCAUUCAGGACCAGGGAGUCCUCCACACCUGCCCGCCUCCUGUCCCCCCAAACAGUACUUCUGUCUUGUCAAGAUUCAACCUCAGUCUGUUAGCCACCAUCCAUCUUCCAACCGCCUCCAGACACUCACACAGGACCUUCACCGCCUUCACUGGUUCUGAUUUGAAAGGUAGAGCUGGGUAUCAUCUGCAUACUGAUGAACACCCAGCCCAAACCCCCUGAUGAUCUCUUUCAGCGGCUGCAUGUAGGUGUUGAAAAGCAAGGGGGAGAGGAAAGAACCCUGAGGCACCCAACAAGUGAGAGCCGAGGGGUCUGAACACUCAUCCCCCACAACCACUUUCUGAACACGGCCCAGGAGGAAGAAGCGGAACCACAGUGUAUAACAGUGCCCCCAGCUCCCAGCCCCUCUAGACGGUCCAGAAGGAUGUUAUGGUCUAUGGUGUCAAAAGGCACUGAGAGAUCCAGCAGAACUAGGAAACAGAUAGAUAGAUAGAUAGAUAGAUAGAUAGAUAGAUAGAUAGAUAGAUGUAUGUAAACUGCUUUGGUAUUUUUAUGAUAAUAGCGGUAUAUAGAUAUUUUUUAAAAUAAAUAAGUAAAACUUUUCAGUUAUUUGACACUCAUAUACUGCUAUAGAACAUAAAUAAUUGUAUCUCUUGUAUUUGGGGAAUGUCCUAUUCGUUAUAGGUCAGCAUUCCCCAACCUGAUGUAUUCCAAUGUGUUGGGCUACAAUUUUCAUCAUACUAUCCAGGGUUGAUGGGAGUUAUAACCUAAAGCAUUUGUAGGUUACCAGGUUGGGGAAGAUGGAUCCAAGCCAAUAGACAAAUAGCUAGUUGCACUUGUGAAUUCAUAGCCCUGAGCAGACUUUUAUAUAAUAGGCUGAGUAAUAUGUUGUCCAUUCAUCUUGACCAUAGUCUCUACCUAUCCAUUGCCAGGAUAGGUAGCUGCCAUAUUGGUGAGCUGACACUCCUUUGUUGAUUAAGCCUGAAAGGGAAGAGGUGCGGAAAAACAAGGUGUAACGGACAGAGAAACUUAACACUGUGCCCUGUUUCUGAUAUAACCUUGCAUUCUGUUUAGUUGGAAUUUCAAGAGGAAGUAUGUUUUUGCUCAAAAGUUCAAAAAUGAAGCAUACACAGGAAGAAGUGUAAAACAUGUUACUGUUUAUGGGAAGGCAAUUUUAAAAUCCAUGUUUAAAAUAGGCAAUUCUUUGUAUCAUUUCUCUUCAACAUCAGCUUUGGAUGACAAAAGUGAGCAAAGCAAUGACGAUGAACAAAAAACAAUUAAACCCACAAGUAAGGAGUUCAAGAAAACUUGGGGGUUUCGGAGAACUACAAUUGCAAAGCGUGAAGGUUUAGGGGAUGCUGAAAUGGACAUCACCGAACAGUCAUCUCCACAGCAGCAAAGUCUGGCUCUUAGGCGUAGUGGGCGACAGCCCAAACGCACUGAACGGGUAGAAGAAUUUCUUACAACUGUAAGGCGCAGAGGAAGGAAGAAUCUUCCCACAGCUCUUGAGGACUUGAGCGAGCCAGCAUCCUGCCAUGUUACUGACAUUGAAACUGCUUCUGAAGGCAGUGUAGAAAGCAUGUCAGAUGUAAAAGCCAUGUCUCAGAAGUGUCACUCCAAGGACAGUAAGGGCCAGCCAGCUGGGAAAGGUAGAACCACUAAAGAACAUGACUAUGAGGAAAGGGAGGAUGAUUCAUCUGACAGUGAUAGUGAUGGGUUAACACUGAAAGAGCUACAGAACCGUCUAAGAAAGAAAUGUGUCGAGCAGAAACCUACAGAACUAACUCUGAAAGAGUUACAGAAUCGCCUCAGGAAAAAACAUCAAGAACAAAAUCCUACAGAGACAGUUGAUGUUCAAGCAGGCAACCAAAUUAAGACCGAAAUAGCUGUAAAGCAAGAACCAGAAAGUAUAGGCAAUACCGAGACUGGAGAUCAAGGAACGGUUCCCAAAGAAAUGAGUGAAGCAGUUCAGGUUAAGAAAGAAGGAAGAUCUCCUGCGCAUACUGGGGAUGAACCUGAAGAAUCCAAAAAGAGGAAAUCAGAGUCUGAAGUUUAUGAUCCUAGUACUCUGUACUGUAUCUGUCAGCAGCCUCACAACAACAGGUAUUACCUACUUAUUUAUUUCAUAAAAUUUAUACACCGCUUGAUUGUAAAAAAACCCCUCAAAGUGGUUUAAAAAAGAUAAAUGAGGAAAAUCAAGAAAAAUUCACGCCCAUACUUUAUAAUAUACAGAAGUUAAAAUAGUUUUUCACAAACUCCCCUGCACCCCGCCACCAAAUAGUUUCUAAAAUAGCUACAGUGGUACCUCUGGUUAUGAACUUAAUUCGUUCUGGAGGUCCAUUCUUAACCGGAAACCGUUCUUAACCUGAGGUACCACUUUAGCUAAUGGGGCCUGCCGUGCUGCCGGCACGUGAUUUCUGUUCUCAUCCUGAGGUAAAGUUCUUAACCUGAGGUACCACUUCUGGGUUAGCAGAGUUUGUAACCUGAAGUGUUUGUAACCCGAGGUACCACUGUAUAGUAGUUGGAUAAAAUCUUUAAACAUGAAAUAGACAGUUUUGAAAUUUCUGCUCUUAAGAGACAGUCUAUUAUGUACAAGAACUUUUUAUAGAGGUUUGGAAGUUUUGAGUGAUAGAGGGAUAGUUGUUGAAUGCAGUUGAGAGAGCAUGUAUAUGGAACUUUCAAACAACAAUUUAAUUUUGUGUUGCUUGGAAUGCACAAUUUAAAAUACAUCUGCUGUGCUACCACAUGGCUCUUCACAUAUAUCUACCACUAUUGUUCAGUCCCAGUGGUCUGAGAUACAGAAGUUCUAAUUUAGGGUGGAAGCGUUCAUAUGGUCUAAUCAGUCAAGAGGGAAGUAGUACUCUGAAUUUUCAGGAAGGGGAAAUGCAGUUUUGGGAAGGCUUGUUAUAGGAUCAUGGAAUCGUAGAGUUGGAAGGGACCCGGAGAGUCAUGUGGUCCAACCCCCUGCAAUGCAGGAAUCUCAGAUAAAGCAACCAUUACAGAUAGCCAUCCAACCUCUGCUUAAAAACCUCCAAGGAAGGAGAGUCCACAACCUCCCGAGGGAGUCUGUUCCACCGUUGAACAGCUCUUAACAUCAGAAAGCUUUCCCAUAAGUUUAGUCAGAAUCUCCUUUCUUGUAACUUGAAGCCAUUGUUGUUCCUGAGUAGUCUGUAGGAAUGCAAAGGUGCAAAGAAAGACAAUUGUAUAUGGGUUUAGCAAAGCAGUGGGAGUCAUAUGUAGGGGUGAAAUUGCAUCAUUUACUGAGACAUUUGGGCAUUUAAUUAUGUAAAGAAAAGAGUUAAAUGGGAUAACGAAGUAAGCUUUUGUCUGAUUUCAUAUAGAUGUGGGAUCUUUUUUAUUUAGUGUGGUGGUAUGAUUUGGUGGUGAUAUGACUAAUUUUAUUGGCUGUAUUUGAUUGUAAUCAGCCAUAUUUGGUGGUGAUAUGACUAAUUUUAUUGGCUGUAUUUGAUUGUAAUCAGACAGAUUUUGUAAAACUGAAGUAUUUCACAUUAAUGAUAUAUUUUUGCCAACCCUUUUCUUUUUUAGGUUUAUGAUUUGUUGUGAUAGAUGUGAGGAAUGGUUUCAUGGAAACUGCGUAGGGAUUUCAGAGGCUCGUGGGCGACUCUUGGAAAGGAAUGGGGAGGACUAUAUCUGCCCAAAUUGCACCAUUCUGCAGGUGCAUGAUGAAACAGUUAUGGAUGCAGACCAACAACAAACCAUGUUGGGACAGGUAACAGGUGAUGGCACAGAGCUUACAAGCAUAGGAACUGUUGAGCAAAAGUCCAUUGAAGACCAAGGAAUCAAGGGACGGAUUGAAAAGGCUGCUAAUCCCAGUGGAAAGAAAAAGCUCAAAAUAUUUCAACCAGUGAGUAUUUAAUUUGUAGUGACAUGAGGCUAAGUGUGUUUCUAGUGCAACUGUUCUGGUUCAGAACUGAAGUGAAAGAAAAAGUCACCCUAGGUAUAAUUAAAUUUUGUAUUUUUUGUAUGCUAGUUAUUGUAUUAAGCAAAUACACUACUUAGAUAUAGGUAAUUCAUUAUACUUAGUGAAUCAGAAUACUAAUAUAUUUUAGAAGAGGAAAUAGGGGAAGUAUUGCUCAUUCUUAGCUACCUUGGUUGCAUCUGCAUGCUGUUCUGUCAUUCUGUCUUGGUUCUCGCUUGCUAUAGGGCUAUAAUUUGAUGUUUGUUUGUUUAAAUGUUACCAAGUUUCUUAGACAUUACAUUAACAAAAUGCUUUCUCUUUUCUCUCUAUUUCCUAUCCCUUAAGUAUCUCCUUCCACAAUUGUCCUAUUUAUCCUAUAUACAAAGAAGGAAAAGGUGGGGUGAGGGAACAACAUAUUCGUAUGGAAUAGUUAUAGCACACACACCCUGCUGCAUGAAUAUCAGUUUAAGAUAUGGAAGAGCUAUCCAUAACCAUAAUUUCUUUUUGUCUUGUGCUUCAGUUAUUUUAAAAAUAGGGAACAGAUUAUUAUGAAAGCCUCUACUCAUUUCUGAAUCUCAGAAGUUGCUAAUUGCUUCCUAGGUUUCUGUAUAUCAGGAAUAGGAAGUCUUUGACCCUGCAAAUGUUAGUCUGCAAUUCCCAUCAUCCCUAACUAUUGGCUAUUUUGGCUAGGUUUGAUGGAAGUUGGAGUCCAAGAACAUUUGGAGGAUCAAGCUCCAUGCCUAUCAAGGCUAUACAGUGGACCCUCCGGAUAUGAACUUAAUUCAUCCAGGGGGUCCCUACUCACCCCGAAAAGUCCAUAUCCGGUGGCGCCGCUUAUGCGCAUGCACACGGCGCAGUAGAGCGCUUCUGUGCGGCGAAACCUGGAAGUAUACACUUCCGGGUUUGCCACGUUUGUAACUCGAAAUUACAUCACCCGACGGUAAUAUAACCUAAGGUACCACUGUACAUGAUUUCAAUUUCUGUUGUUAAUUUUGUUGUAGAGUUGAUUAGAUGUUACUAGAGAGUUCUGGCAUUUUUAUUGCAAUGUGCCAUAAUCUAAAUCCUUUUUCUAUUGGUCUUGCCUGAAAAGGCCCAAAUCUACUUUCACUUUAUAAAAUAAGUAAGAUUUAUAAAAAUAAUCAGCAUAACUGUUGGGAGAUGAAUUAUUAAAGCAGAUCCUUCCUCCACACAUUUGAUAAUAAACCAGAUGACAGCACCAGAUUCUGGAGGCAAAUUAUUAUAGUAGACAAAUUAUGCAAAUUUCACUUAAUCUUAUACUAUACGUGAUCUAUAACUCCAUGAGUAGAACUUACCAUGAACUAAUAUGGAAUUUGCUAAUCCCUAGUUUCUAGUAAAAACAUAAUUCAAGACAUACCUAUUCUGGAAUAGAUUAUCAAAGUGUGGAACAUACCAGAAAUUGGGGUGGAGGAAACAGAACAGAGUUGAGAGAUGGGAGACCAACCAAAGAGUAUUUAGAAAGUGAGGAAUGGAGUACAGGGGGAUGCAAAGGGAAGGAGAAAUGUCCCAAAUCAAAUGAGAUGUCUGCAUUUCAGAUUAUCUCUUUACUUUCCCUACACUCAUUCCGAUGAGGUUCAGGCGAGGGCCCCAGUCUUCCAGGGAGCCUUGGUGGGGGGAGAGAAAGGGUGGAAAGCAUUCUUUCUGUGAACUCCUUUCAUUCACUUAUGAAUUCACACUGAUUAGUCUAGAUAACAGCUCACCUUUACCUGGGAGGAAUCCUCCCAGAAGGCAAAAAGUAGAUUUCGCAUCCCCACUGGCCUUGCUCGUAGAGGUUGUCACUGUGUCAGAACUUAAGGUUACCCUUCUUAGUCAAGUAGACGAAGUAGACUUGACUAUUUCUAAAAAAACAAAAACCCAAGUUCUACAAAUCUUUUUAGAAUGUACAUCCAAACAUACAUGCAGAAACUUUGAGUAAGAAAAACACCUAUAGAUUGCAAAAUGCAGACAGCCUUUAGCACAUGAACACAUAUAAAAAAGAUAGAAACAGAUGAAAAAUAGAAGAGCAAACCACCAUUAAGAAAAGCAAGCCUUUAAAAUAUAUCUGAGCUUUGUCAAAGUGCAUGUAUGACAGCUCUGUUUUUAGCAUUGUUGUGUCAAAAUCUUGCCAGUGAUAAAGAGGUUAAACAUUUUUCUUUUCUUUUUUAAUUUCUUGUGCUGUUCUUCAGGUAGUUGAAGAGCCUGAAGCAGCCAGUUGCAUUGGCCCAGGGUGUUCUAAUGUUGCUCAGUCAGGUUCUGUGUACUGUGGUCAUGAAUGCAUUCUCAAACAUGCUGCAGCCACCAUGAAGUUUCUAAGUGAAGGCAAAGAGCAAAAGCCAAAAGAGAAGACCAAACCAAAAGUUGAACGAGCUGUUGCCGUAAAACCUCAGCCUAUGGUAAGUCUGAAUUGUUUUUGAAGUAAAUAGCCCUUCCCACACCACACACAGAGGGAGAUCUUGGAGGAACAGACAUUUUGUAAAAUAGAAAAAAUUCAUUUUCAUGGUAAAAGAUCCAAAUUUUUCCUCAAGUUAUUUUGUGUGCUCCCUUGAUGAGAUCUCAUCAUUCUAUCUAAUUAAGAACAUAAUAUCUUUGCUGGAUCAGAACAAAUGCCUAUCUAGUCCACCAUCCUGUUCCCUCUGUGGCUUUCCACUGUUGUUUACCUUAGUGACCGGUAUGUUAAUAAAUUUUCUUCCUGUAGUAUAUAACCAUCGAUAUACUCAAGGAAUCUAACUAAUCCCCAUUUAAAGCAGUCUAUGUUGGUUAUUAUCAUACUUUGAUGAUUUUAUACUGUGUGAAGAAGUAUUUCCUUUUGUGUGUCCUGAAUCUUCUAUCCAUUUAGCUAAUUUGAAUGAGCACAACUUCUGGUGUUGUGGGGGGGGGGGGGGAUAUCACAGUUUCCAUCCUAAAUCCCACCACCACCUUUGGUGUGAGAGCAGCAUUAUCAUAUAUAUGUCUGCUUUCCUUUACAGAAUCAUUAAAAGAACUGCUGUCUCUCCUAAGAAUAUGCUGUUUUAUAGCACUAGUUACAAAGCAAUCUACAACUUAGAUUGUUAGCCACAUUAAGACCAGAAGGUAUCAAAAAACAAACAAACUCAAAACCAGUAACAUUCCUUGAAAAAGACAUUUGAUACAUCGCUGGCACACACAUGUUCACAAUUGCAGAUUAAUGCCCCAUUUGAUCUCAUUAAGCUGAUACAGUUCUCAUAAUAGUCUCAUACAGAGGUUCUUGUUUGUAAAAGCAUACAUGAGAACAGGGAUCAGCACACUAAGCUGUGCCUCACUGUUGCUCACCAACUCAUGGAGAGCAAAGAUCUACGUGUUUAAUGGUCAUAGCAAUAGCAUAAAAAUUUAUUGCAGAAUAGAGAAUGAUUUUGAAAACAUUUGCCCUGUGCAGUCACUUGAUCACGAGUGCACUAAACUCAGUCUCUUCCCUGUCCCCUGCUGUCACCCACCAGUUCAGGGAAGGGAAACCGCUGAAGUGGGGAACUUCCUGUACUCAUGGAGGCUCCCCAAACAAAUUAGAACCACGGUUAGGCGCAGGUUGUUCUUUGCUUCAGAUCCUUUGCACCCAUGUUAAUCUAUGGGUUGGUGGAACAUCAGCUACAAACAGGUGCUCAACCACCUAUUAUGAUCUGCAUUCACUUUGCUAUAGUGUGUUGUGCAUACUAUUGAUCACAAGCCAGGGUUAUAGUUUCUGGAGGUGGCAUGCAGAGAAAUAUAAUACGGAAUUUUGUUGUAUGAGAUGUUUGCAAGUUCUCUAAUACACAACGAACUGACCUCUACUCCUGUGUUAUGAUGACUGUAUUAUUGCAAUACUUAGUGAUUAAGGUUCUGCUGGUUACACAGGCCGGUAUCAGACCUCUCUCCGCACAGAAGAGACCAGCUCCUGAUAAAAGAGAGAUUAUCAUGAAGAAAACCGUGGCAGCACCCGUAAAGACCGAAGCAAAUACUCAGACAGUUGCUAAAGAGCCAGCUUCAGAAAGCAGCACACCAUCCUGGGCAAGCGAUCAUAAUUAUAAUGCAGUAAAGCCAGAAAAGACUCCUGCCAUUUCAUCAUCACUGUUGUUCAAAUGUAUGUAUUUCACAGGGAUAUACCUCUGCAAUCAUUGCACUUUCCUUGAGUACCUUUCAACUUUUGACCCUGUUAAAUUAGAAAGGGGUUUGAAUUACGGUCUUUCCCCAUCUUCAAAGAUUUGUACACAUACCUCUCAGGGAGAGUUUCAAGGCUCAUAUAUAGAAACGACAACUUGGGGUUUUCUCUCAGGUUGUAUAAAAUGGCACUUAAGCGUAUACUUGCAGGUUAACAAACCUAUUAUUUUUCAUAGAUGAUAGGUAUGUUCUAAUAGAAGGUAGGUAAUGAUAAACAUUUAUUUGUUUCCUAAGUUUAUAUAAUGUACAGAGUAACUGUUUUGUUCACUUUCAUUUAAGUCCCUAUCUGCCUUUGCAUUAUGACUUAGGAAUGUCAGGUCUACAAGGUUUCUGAAUGAUUCAAAUGGAUAAUUUACAUGCAUACACAACCACACAACUUUUAGGUAUUAAUUUUGGGGAGUUUUGGGAGGGGCUGAUCCUCCUUCCAAGAAUGUGACUUACAUGAAAUCAUGUCAAGGCCCAUCUUAAACCAUAGGGAUUUUUAUCUAUGAAAGGUAUGUGUCAGAGGCAUUCGUCAAGGUAGAACAAUAGGAGGAGAGUUCUCACCUUGAAUGUCACAACUUUAAAGUAUUUGAAGAACAUUUUUGGCAAUGUUUAGCUUAUAAAGGUAAGUCAGUUAGCGCUUUGCAAUGUAAAAAUGAUUGUUCUCUUAGGCCUGUUUUACUUCCUUCAUUUAAACAGUGUUGCAGGUUUUUUUUUAUUGCAUGGCAAAAGGUAAAGGACUUAAUGCUCAAAUGCGUCAGACAUAUUUGUAAUCCCCGAUAUAAGGCUCUGCAUCAGUAACAGUAGAUAAGACAAAACUCUUAGGUCUGCUACUAAAAUAACAGUCUCUAAAUGUUUGCUUGAUUUCCACUGGAAGAUGGCUUUGGUGAAACCCUGAAAGAAUGGAGUUCCAGGGCUUGAGGAGAAGCCACCUUUCAUUUCGGCCUGCUUUCAUUUUGGGGGGUUUGACCAACAAAGUAAUGCCUUUUGCUUGUCAGUGGCAGCCAAGAGCAGGAGGACUUGGUAUCUAAGGCAUGUAGGAUUCAAACACCUUUAUUUAAAACCUCCCGUAGGUUUGUUUCUCCUUGUCACUUUCAUUAACCCAGCCCAGCCUUUCAACGAAAUCUACGAAGCUUGCUAGUCCACCUGCCUGCACAUAGCCCUAUGGGUCACUUCUGGCACAACAGUCUGAAAGAGCCAGUUAUCUUCCAGCUUACUAAAGCUUCCUUACCUAGUCACUUCAAGGCUACUUUGCCAGGCAAGUGGCUAUUGAGAAGCCUAAUCUCAGCAAUGUCUAUAUCAAUUGUACAUUAACUGGUACAUUAACAAAAUGUGAGCAUUUUUGUGAAAUCCCAUAACUAGCGGGGAAAUUUAGAGUUGGAACUAUCUUUUUGUCGUUGCUGUUAUGCUUGAAAAUGGACAUAUUCAUUUAGUUUGCAUUUAGUGAAGAGCUUUCACCAUCUCUAGAAGCUGCUCCCACUUCAAGGUAAGUUCUAUGAAUGUCUUCAAGUUAUUUGUAUCACUGCUAAACUACCAAAUAUAAAUUCAUUCAUUGAAACGACUCCUUUCUCCUUCAGUGGUGGAGGUUAUCCAGGAGUGGUUACUCCUCCCCCUUUCUUGGGAGGCAGUGUUAUACAAGAUUUGUAUCUGUAGACUGAUUAGUCCUGGCACUAUGUGGGGUUGGGCAUGUACAGAAGUCUUAUUGAUCAUCACCUGAUGGAGUAGAUCUGGAUCUCACAUACAUUACAUGAAACUUCAUUCAUUUCCUUUCUGAUCUCUGAAAAACACACUAUUAUGGUAGACAGCAAUAAGCUCUACAGCAUUAGAGACAUGGCACCCUACUAUGCUCCAUCUACUCUUGCAUGUCUUUGCACUCCUCAGAAAUAUCUAAAGUACUUAUGACCCCAUGCUGAUUGGAUGCUCGCUGCACUGUAGUGCCUGGUCGUGAGUGUUCAUUUUCCUGAAAAAUGGCCUUAAAAACAUCAUCACACUCUUAAAUUAGAUGUUAGUAAAGGGAACUUCUUAGAUAACUGCACUAGUUUCCUUUCAUAAAAGCUAUAAGUUACUCUAGAGUUACUUUAGAGCAGAGGUUCCCAAACUGGUCUGCAGGCUUCAUUCAAGUGGUCCAUGACAUGUCUCCAACAAUACAGUCUAGCACAGUGCAUCACAGUCACUACAACAAACAGAGAGAUCAUUAAGUAGUCCUCCAAGACCCUCAGUAAUUUUCAGGUGGUUUGUGUCUGUGUGUGGGGGAUUUGGGGAAAUGCUGCUCUAGAGUAAUUUUGUACAGUAAGGUCCUUUUCAGAGUUCUGCUCAAUACUGCACCCAUCACCUAGUGGGACCCUACUACACAUUAAGCAAAUGCAUGAUACUGCUGUUCCGAGGAACUUCAGAUGCAAAGAAUAAAGGAGAUACCAUGCAUAUUGCUCUGGGCAAAACAAUAACACUGUAGGGAGGAAAAGGAUUCCCUGUUGCUCUAGUAUACCUUGUAGGCUGAUAGUGUACUGUGGGGAGGGGAAGAAGUAGCUUCAGCGUUAUAUAUCCUAUUACUGUGACAGGUAUCUUACUAUAACAUCAAAUGUCCCUUAUCCAUGAUUACAUUUUUUAAAAAAAAUGCUCGUAGGGAGAGGGUUGGGAAUUAGCAGAUCAAGUUCUUAAUUUGGACUUCUCGUCCAUGGCUAUUGAGUCACUAUCAAUGAUUCAAUGAAACUGUUCAAGUACUGAGGAAGGGAAGCCGUGUUCUGUACCCGAACAUUCCUGUCACACCUUUGUCACUGUUUACAGGUACUCAGCCACUGGAGGCAAAAUUUCUGUUACUCAGAAAAAGAGUGGGGUUUUCUUUCAGUCUUAUUAGAGCGAUUUAUUGUGGGUUAUCCCAUUUUACCCUGACAACAGCUUUGUAAGGCAAGUCAGGCUGAGAGAUAGUGACUUCCCGGUGAAUGUUCUAAUUGAACAAGGUUUUGAACCUGAGUUCCCCACAUUAAAUUUUAAAAGUUCAGCUAUUUGACUAUGCUUGAAUUUAUUUGUUUCUUAACAGCAAACAAUAUACAAUCAUACCCUGCUUUAUGAGAGUAGGAUGGAAAGGAGAAUUUCAGAUUACUUAAACAUGCUGUUCAGUACACAACUUCAACAUUAAAAACAAAGCUAUAAAACCAAAUCUGUAUUGCCAUAAUUAUGUAUAUGUGUCUAUUACGAUAGCAUUUUUGAUGCAGCAUUUUAAUGCAGAUCAGUAGGGAAUUCUUUUACUCUGUCAUGCUGAAAGUAUGAUGGUGUCAUACAUUGUCAUGCAGUCUUGAGUUGGCUGCAGGACAAAUGUAGUCACAAACAAAGAAUGUGGAAUUAAAGUCCAAAUAAUGGGACAGAGUAUUUCAAGUGCUGGUAAGAAACUUCUUAUUACAAAACCAAUCCAGAAAUCCGAUGGAUGAACCUUCUGCCACCUACUGGGCAGGAGAGAGAUUAAAGUUUCUUAAUUUUUUUUGUUCUUAGUUGAUUCUGACUGUCUAGAAUCAGAACACUGAUGAUAGGAUUUAAAACUAACAUCUCAUUUCAACACACCAUCUGCUUUUCCUUUGCAGUUGAGAAAAAAGAAAUUGAUAGAUUUACUGGCCACAAUGAAAGCUUUAAUGUACUUCUGACUUCAAAACACAAUUACAUUGUAGCUUUUAUUUUUCUCUGUAAAAACUAGAAUAUUAAGAGUCACUGAGAGUUGAAAAUGUUUUGACAGUGGAAAGCUGUGAAAGAAAAAGCAAUAAUGAAAUUAGGGGAAGUAUAUUUGACAAGCCUUUUAAAAAUAACAUCUUACUAACACACCACCUAUCUGAUUGAGUUGUACCUGCCACUCUGGGUGGCUGGGUCCAUAAGCAAAAGAGGAAUUCAAAAAGAAAUUAUAGCAAUGAAAUGGUUAAAUCAGUAUAUAGUUACUGGUCCUGCUUUAAGCUACUUUUUCUAAUAAGAAGUCAGGGCUAGGCUUAAAUACUCCUCUCAGCCCUUCCUUUCCAUUAAAGUUGGUUUUAAAGUGCUAGAAUGCUUUAACAUCGCAUUGAUCUAUACUGAGGUCAAGAAUAGUGUUAGAGUGCUGUUGUAAACUCCAUUUCUCAGGUAGUAGUAAUCAAUUAAAAGUGCUUAAAUUGAAGGAAGUAAUUAGCAGCCUGGUGAGAAGAGAAAGUGGCUGGCAACAUCUCAAGAUGCAGCCAGGAUAUUCUAAACAGUAGAGGAAGCAUAUCACUAAUUUUUCUUCAAAAUCAGAACACCUUGAAGUUCGAUGUUUUCUCAUUGUAGAGCUUUUUCAGAUGAGAAUUGCUGAAAACCAGAGAGUAGUAUUUAUGGGACUAGAAAGAGUAUGAGUACUCUAUUAAUCCAGCCUUGUUAAUUAGUGACUGAACUGCAAAAAAACAUUAACUCAUGUGAGGGUUUUCUUUUAUGAGUAAAAAGGCUAGUAAAAAUGUAGGAGGCUGACAGAGGAGAUGUUUGUUGACAGCCUUCCAACACUGACAGCCCGGUUGAUUUAUAUGCUAGGUGUACAAGAAGGGACUGUGCCUCCUGUGCAAGCAAUAUAAACGCCUGCUCUCUAGGUAUUCUGCUGCACUUCUGUGCUGGCAAAGGAGGAAGGGGCUUUCCUUUUCCCACAGCCAGGGUAGAAGCUAGUAAAAUUGCAACAAAUUGGUCGGGAGGUAAUUUUGUGCCCUUGCCUAUGUGGUAUUCCUUAUCACCAGGGGCAGCCAGACAAGUGCUUAAAUAUAAGAUUGUUCUAAUCACUUGAGCAUUUGUUCUGAUCAGAGCAAGUCAUAUUUUGUGCCCUAGAGCAUUUGCAAGAUGUUCCAUGCUGGGUAGGUGUAGGAAACUAAAUACUAGCCUGGAAUUAAAAAGAUGAUUAUAUAGAAGUAAGCGUAGUGUGCAGAAUCAGGGGCAAGUUCUUAACUGAAGAAAAUCUCUUGUGUGAGAGCAGUGACCCAGCUCAGUUAGCAGGUGUAAUUCAAUCAUUUGGGGCUGUCAUGUGUCUACCUCGUCAACUCUUUCUUCGCUAAUCAAAUAUAAAGGGAAUGUAAGGCUCCUUCCUACUAUAUAUGUUUUGAGUUUUUUAUCAUCAUUACCUUAAACUGGCUGAGUGACUAAUUGGAACUCUUCCUCCUCCCCUCCAAAUAAAAGGGGUUCUCCGUGCUGAUGUCUUAUACUUCCAGUAUUACAGACAAAGGAGCAGAUCUGGACUGCUGCGUGGCUUCUGACUGUGCCUGAAAGCAGUGAAUGGGAGCUGAAGAUGCCCUCCGUGGAGCUACAUCUUCAAGAUCUGUGCAAGAAGACUUAAGCGGUGGGCUGCACCACAUAUUGCAGGGGAGGUGUAUAAGCUGCAGAAACAUCCACUUACCUGGGUUGGGUUUGGGAGAGUGUGAAGAUUUUUCUUGUCCCACAGGCCAACUGAUGAGAUUCUAGAUGUCCAAGGAAGGCAUGCUAGACCUUGCCAGGAUAAGUUUCCAUAGAGCUUGAGCACCAGGGCUUGCCAAUUCAAUGUCCCAUUUGCAAUUGGUGCCAUCUUGGAUGAUUCAGAGGAAGAAAACCGUCCUGAAAAGCGGCUAUCCUUCCCUGCCUAUAGUAGACCACUCCUGAUAAGGCUGGUUAAAGUUCAUCACACAGCAUGUCACAAUUACCCAGCCAAGUUGAAAACAGGUUCAUCACUAAUCAUUUCUAAAAGGCUAUAUCAAACACACAUGAAGCAAUGCCUUAUAUUUAUUUUCUGUACAGCACUGCGUAUAGACAGCAUUAAUUUUCCUUCAGUUCCCCUUUUGUAAGGCUGGAGAAAACUAAUUCACCCAUAUCUAGAAUAUGAUCAUGGUUAAAAUGCAGAGAAGCUGCCUUGAUCAAGUUAUACGAGUUCGAAACCUGAUUGUAGGCAGCAGCAAACUGUUGCAGUUUACAUUUGUUCCAAGUGGGGAGUAGUACAACUGAAAAUAGUUUGAACCAACAAGCGGUCCUGGGUGACUUGAAUUGGGCAAAUGCUCAUAGACUUGCCUCACUAUUAUGAAGAAAUCCUGACACAGAUGAACAGCCUGUCCUAACACUUGCGAGUCCAGAAUCUGGGUUUAAAGCAAGCCUUGCUUUCAAGCCUGAUUUGAUGACUCAAGAGGGGUGGGCAAUGCAGCGUGUUUUGAGAUUUGGGGGGGGGGGGGUUAGAUGCACUUUAGAAGGUGCUUAGUGGGUCCAGAAGGGGAACCAGGAACACAAAAUAAUUGAUAAAUAAUAUAGAUUUAAAAGCAUAACAGGAACUAUCUUCCUCCAACCGCAGACAGGAGGAUUUGAGGCAGAUUUUGGUGACACAUCUAGGAACCAGAGAUUCAGGGCUACAUUAGGGUGCUUGAGUGUCUUUCAAGCAUGGCUCUACAUGCUGCUGAUGCUCUGAAGUGUUGCAUUCAUCUCCCAACAGUGAACAUGCGGAGGCAACACUUGAGUUACAGUUUGUGGUAAGUAAUAUUGUGGAAUGGCUGCAGCACCUGCUGAUCUUUGCCAUUUAUACUAUUCAACAUUAUGGAAGUGCUUGGAAUGGGUUUUGCUUUUUGAGGGUUUAAAAUACCCCUCCUACAAGCCUUCACACCCAUUUUUGAACUGUGAAUGGGGGCUUGGGUACUUUUUUAUUUACCUGGGGAUUGUUCAUUCCUACAAGAACAUUGCACUUCCAUUGUCUUAAAUGGACUGGAUGUUCUCUGUUAAAGAGAACAUUACACACUCCAUAGCACAAUUCUGUAAUAGUGCUGCAUAUAAAUAUUGUCAGUGCAUAAUAAAAAGUUAGGAAAAUCCAAUGAAUAAUAAAAUUAGGCAUAUGUGAUUAGCAGCAUAUGAAAAUUACCUCAAGUUUGGCCCAUUGAUAAGACAGUUUUUCUAUGCAGUUACUAAGAUCUUCCACACACUACUAGUGAAUUACUAGCUUAGCCUUCUAUUUCAGUUUCCCUGUUCAGCAAAGGGAAAACAUAGUAAAUUCAGUAAAAAGCCACCUUGGCCUUUAGGGGAGUUGGAAUGAGAGCAAACCUCUCCCCAUUCUGACCAUCUGGUUUCUUGAGACCGAUAAGGCCUCCAGAGGUUCCCAUCUACUUUUAGCCUUGCACAAAUCGGCAACCCGAGAACAGCACACAAGAUUCUCUUAAGCCACUCGCUGGGAAACAUUAGAUUAUUGCAAAUUGUGCCACACGGAGACUUGGCAGAAACUGCUUUCUCAGAAAUCUGCAAUGAAAUGCAUUUGGGAUUUUUGUACAUUUUAGCUACAGCAAACAAAACUAGCACAAUCCAUGUACUAAAUUCUCAAAUCAACCUAAGCGGAGCUCGCAUUGACAAUCCUCACGAUGCUUACCAACUAUCUCACUCAUGAUACAAAAUCUUGCUUCUUGCCAGAAGAUGCCACCUGAGUCCUGUUACUGCAGUUUACAUUUCAUGUGAUACUAAGAGAAUACAACUGGAUCAUGGGGUUGAUUUGCCCUAUUUCAACCAGUUACUGAGGCAGCAGUGUAAUAACAAGCUACCGGUGCAGUGGAUACCAAAGCAUUUUGGCCCUAGCUUUAUUACUGAAAUUUUGCAUUGUUGCAUGGUAUCCAAAUAAUAUGGGCAGCAAUGUUUGAGAAGCAGUCAUGUGCAGGUGUACUGAUGCAUAAUCAUCUCAACAGAACUACUAACCGCCUUUGUUUUGCUGAAAUGGUUUCAAAUUGGUAUUUCAGGUAGGGUAUUCUUAGCGCACAUAAUUUCCCACAAUUGGGCAAGAACAUGAUUGCCAUUUCACAAGGAGAAAAUUAGAUUCAUGCCUUUGUUUUAGGUGAGGUUUUUUUGUUUUGUUUUUUUAAUAAAGUACUCCUGGUUUCAUCUGAUGCAGAUUAUUAAGUUAGCCAUUUCAAAGAUUUGGUUAUUUUUUUGUACCCAAAGUCAAAUUUCUAAGUCAAAUGUAGGCGCUCUUUGAACUGAAUCUGCAACAAUGGGAGUUCACUCAAAACUACUUCUGAAAGGUUAGCUUUUCUGAAAGCAUUAGAGAAUUGUGCAGUAGAAGACAAGAUGGGGAGUCAUGUGUGGACUGGUAGGUGAGCUCUGAGGUGAUUAUGCAAAGCAGCUCCAUAUACAUACCACAACAGACACUUCUUUUCAUGAAGACUAGAAACUUGAUUAAGCUGAAAUUUCUAGAAAUCUGAAAAAUACGCUGGGUGUGAUUUUGUGAUUUUCAUCCUUGCCGUGAAUUAAUGUCACUGGGUAAACCUGGAAACCACAUUUAAUCUGAUUGUUACUAUCAUAUCUAAAGUGAAUACUUUUUGAAGCAGCCAUAUAUGAUGAAUAGGUAUGCCAAGUUCUAGACAUGAGGAAGAUUUAAAUUAUAUGACCUUUCUGCACCCCCACCCCAGUCAGCCUUCCAUAUAAUGUUUUAAAAUCUGUUUACUGGCUCAUAUUUUUGUGGUAUUCACAUACGAAAGAUACAUAUGCUUUGUGAUGAUGGUAUACAGAACCUGACUGUAUAUGGGCUUGCAAACAAAGGCUUAAACGUGUACCACAUUAUGUGCCUACACAGAUGAUGUGCUUGGCACCCUCAACAUAGUCAUGUGUGCUAUUCAGCAAUUAAGGAAAGGUGGUGUGUUCUUUUUCCCUUAUGGCAGAAACUGCUAGGGAUGUUUUGAUAUUUUAGUUAAUUGGAGGGUAAUUGCUGACCAGCCAACUGGCAUUUCCAAUAUUGGAGCAUGUAGUGCUGCAUUCAUUAAUGGAACACACUGUUCAGUUGCUAACCAUAGGACUUUAGAUUCAUUUGUGACUAGUUCCACCACUCCUUCUAAAGUGAAAGAAGAUCCCCUCAGGGGGGAGUAUUGAAUCACUUCCCAGUAUUUCGGUAUUGUCAACAUGAGCUUAGUGUAGAAUUGUUAGCUUGUGGGAGAAAAGGACUUGAUUACAACUACUUUCUCCUCUGCCACCUAAAUCCAAAUUACAUGACUAUCCUAAUAUGGGCCCUGAACAAACAAGAUUCCAAGGAAGGAUGGCAGAGAGCCUACUGGCAGCUUACUCCUUUCAACAGAAUGACCAACGUAGACUAAUUUUAUGGCUGGACUUUCCAACAUCUUAUGGUGUCAUCAAAUGAGAACUGCAAACAACUAAUAGGGGUACCAGAACUGCAGUACUAAUUAUGGCAAGGUGGGGAGUUUGCUAAACCUGUAUGCAUAUACCCCCAUCUAGGGUCUGCCUGCACACUGUAAGGAAUUGGCAGUCAUUUUCUAUUGAACUCCUCUUGCAACUGAUGGAAGCAAGUUGGAACCUAUAUUGCACACAUCAAAUUCUAAUGCUAAACCAAAUUUCAUUGGGAAGGAGCAGAUUUCCCUACCCAAAUGCAACUUGAUGAGCAAGUCUAAACUUCAUAUCCCAUCGGUAAACCUACAAUGAAUGGGCAGAACAGGUUUCUCUUAGCCUCCUUUGCCUGCCUUCUUGUUGCCUUACCUAAUUUACAGGACAUCUAAACAUAACUUGGGUGUCCCAUUUUUCCAGUGAGCAUGUGCUUAUCAACAAAUUGCAGUAUGGGCUAAUCUGGUCAUGCUGCUUUAGUAUAUAUGCAACUAUGUUUUUCUUUUGAAAAGUACAGUGGUGCCUUGCAAGACGAAAUUAAUCCGUUCCGCGAGUCUCUUCGUCUUGCGGUUUUUUCGUCUUGCGAAGCACGGCUAUUAGCGGCUUAGCGGCUAUUAAUGGCUAUUAACGGCUUAGCGGCUUUAAGAAAAAGGAAACAAACUCGCAAGAACUCGCAAGACAUUUCGUCUUGCGAAGCAAGCCCAUAGGGAAAUUCGUCUUGCGGAACGACUCAAAAAACGUAAAACUCUUUCGUCUAGCGAGUUUUUCAUCUUGCGAGGCAUUCGUCUUGCGGGGCACCACUACUGGCAGGCAGACAAACCCCAUGCCUGGGGGGAGGGUGUAAAAUAAACCAGUGUUGUGUAAUUGGCACUUAAAGGAGUGUGGUCUAAACUGACUUAAAUAAGAUAAUGGUACUGGAAAGAAGGUUAAUAGGAGGUAACUGACACACAUAUAGAACCGGGGGGAGGGGGAACCUCUUGCCAUGACCAUUUGUGAUCCUGGCUGGGGCUGAUGGGAGUUCGGAAAUGCCAUAUUUGUAUGAUCACAAGUUCUGCAGCACAGUAUAGAAAGAGACCAAACUUAGUACUAAGGAAUCAACAACAUACAGAGAUUUUUUCAAAAACCAAAACAAGAAUAACAAAGCUGAUUUAAAAAUAUUAAAUGGCAUAUUUAAAUCGGUUAUUUUUUUAUCUAAUGUGCUAUUGAUUUCUGCAUCUUAAUGUUUGUUGAAUUGAAAUAGUGAGAAUUAACCCUGUGCAUAGGCAUUCCUGUAAGCUUCAACCCUCUAAAUACCCUAUGCUCUGGCAAGUAGGCAGACCUCUCUUACCUAUGUAUUUUAUGUAUAUAACAGGUGCUCCUAAUUAUUUUUACUGCAUAAUCAAGCCAUAUAUUUUGAUAAGCUGUAUAAAACUACUGCGACCUUUAAGAUUCCCAUCUAGCUGCAAUCUUCAGUAUUACGCCAAAAGCUAGCUACUGCCUACAGAACUGAUGGUGGUGAGUGCAUGCCUUGUGCAAUAGCUGUGAGUAGAAUGCAGUCACUUCCCUUUCCUGUUUGACUGUAGAAAUUCUGUGCAUUUCCUACCACCACCACAUUCCUGAAUAAUAUACAUGCAUGAGCUGUUAGUGGUUUUCUGGUUGAGCUGUAAUACUAUACAUUUGCUUUCUUUGGGGAAAGUUGAACAAAACAGUAAAAAAACAAAACAGGAAAGUACUUCCUGCCUUUCUAGGGGGGGAAAAGUUUAAGCUCAAAUGUUCUAGACUAGGUGUGGGAAACGUUUGACCCUCUAGACGUUGCUGAACUACAAAUCUGAUAAACUCCAGCAAGCACAGCCAGUGGCCAAAGAUGAUGGGAGUUGUAGUUCAGCAACAUCUGGAGAACCAAAGGUUCUGACACCUGGUCUAGACAGUGAGCUGUUUUUAUGAGGGAUUCUGCUAUGUCGGAAUACCAUCACACAGAUCUGAACAAAUGCAGGUCACUAAAUGGCACUGCAAAUGAAUGCUGUGUCCAAGAUGGCUUAAACCCUCCCCUUUGAUUUUAUGCAGGCUCUCUUUGCUUGAGAACUGCAUUUACAGCCACAAUGUGAUGGCUUUCAAUUUUAGGUGAAAUAGAAUUCUGCCUUUUAUAUCAGCUAAUUAAAGUUACUGGUCACUUCCCCCUAGGCUAUACCUUCAGCUGCAUCAGUGCUUUUUACAGCAAAUGACACAUACAAAGAUAGACUACUCAAGAUGAGCCUAGUUUUUGACUAUAUUCAUGCAAUCAUGGCCAUGUGUAGGUUGCUGAGGCUAGACCCAUGAAAAGUUGGCAAGAAUUCCCUGACUCCCAAGUCGUACCGUUUGUCAAUUAACUCCACUUCCCCUCGGAUGGAUGUUUAACAGAUGCACAAACAAUUUUGAUUUCCUAUAUGAGGGUGGUCCAACAUGCAGCCCGGGGGUUGCAUGCACCCCUCAAGGCCAUUUUCGACAGCCUUUGGCAGUGUUCAGGACCUCUUAAAGUGGCUCAAGUAGCUGGCUUUUUUUUCCUUGUUGCUGUGAGGCACACAAGAAAACAAAUGGCAAAGGCGCUUGUCUCUCUCAUCCCCUUCAAGGCCAAACGGGCCAGCCCUCCCCCGCUGCAUCCUCUAACCUUGCCCAGGAUUGCUCUGUGUAUAUAUAAGAGACAAUAAAAUAAUGUAUUAACAGGAGAGAAGUAUUUUCCACCCACUGAUAAUGAACAACUGGAUACCUCCACAUAUUUGCUUAACUCUUGCACUGCAUUUUGACCACACAUGGAGUUACAAUCCUAUUUUGCAGAUCAUAGCCUAGCACACUGAUUCAGCGCAUACUAACUCGGGAGUAGGUCCCAUUAUGCUUAUACUUAAAUAUACUAAUGGUGUAUAUUAAAUAAUAUUAGCUAUAUUGCAAAUACUUAAGUAACAAUAUAAAAAUUUGAUUCACUCUGGAGCCUCUGGUUUCUGCGUCAAAGUACUCUUGCCACACACUUUGGGAGGUUGGACCACUCUGUCCCAGAUUAUGGACCAGAGUAAUCUGUGCAGGCUUGUGGAGUGGAAUGUGAAUUGUACAGUUAGUAGAAGUGAUUGUCUAGAUUUGUGUUAGUCUGGUGUAAUAGCCUUCUAUAUUAAGAUCUGCUACAAUUUGAAUCUAAGAAAAUUUUAUUUGGGUUGGUGGUUAUGGUCAGUCCUGCACUCCUUCCUACUGCUCAGUUCAGUAAACUCCACAGCAGACCCUGCUUGGUAUAAUGUGCACCUGAAUGACAUUUUUUCAUACUUUCGACUUGAUUUGUGGCAUACUUGCCCAAAAGAAUGGUCACCACUUAGUAUUCAACUUACGAAGACCACUAAAACCAUGUGUCAGUAGAAGUGAUUUUACAAAAGCAGCUGCAAGUAACAGUUAUUGGAAUUUGUGAAUAUAAUUCCCUUAAUUCUGCAUACGGUGAUCGCCAGCCUUUGAGCAUUUGCAGGCAAACACUGUAAACUACUUUGCCCCAAAAUGUCUGGAUGGAGCUGUUUAGUUGGUGUGAAGAUAUGGACACUGGCUAGGAUAGGAUGGAGUCCCCCUUACAGUAGCAGCUAGCCGUGUCUCCAGGUAGCUACUUAGUCGGGCACUUGGGGAGCUACCAAUACGAUUGUCAUGCAGCUACUGUGCUAUCGCUGUUGAUCUUCCCUCUUCACCUUCAAGGCCUCAAAGCUUCCUGCCCACAAACAACAGAUCAGGGCUGACAUCUGUUGCAGCCGUUCUCUCUGCGCACUUGCCCUGGACUGCAGCUCUGCAAUUAUACUUGUUUUCAAAACCCCCAGCCCUCAUUUCACGAAUGGGAACACAACAAGCCUGCAGGCAAUUUGAGACCCCAUCUGUUCUGAAGUGUUUUUCUCUUGUGUCGUGCCUGAGGAUACAGCUUGUUUGUUUUUCUCUGUCCCGCUCUUAUCCUCCAAGACACAAAAUAUGUACGUUGCUGUGGCAAUGCACAAGUAUGGGCAGUAACAGGAGAAAAGAAGGCAGAAAAAUCAGGCCAAGUACACAUGUUGGGAUUUUAUGUUUGGCUAUCUAUAGUCUGCUCUCGAAUCAGGUAUCCUUUCUCAGUAUUUGCUCAUCUGUUGCUCUUGGGUUCUUAGGCGAUUUUAUCUCCCUAAAGGUGGAUCCCUGCCUCCAGUAGUGUUUUUCUUGCCCUUUCCUUAUAUGGGGCUUUCAGUGGUCUCCUAGUCAAGAGACUAAAAAGGUCUACAUCAUCUUUACUUCAGCAAUUCUGCACCAGGCGAUUCCAGACCACACACUUCAGCCCUCAUUCUUAAAAUGCAGUAUUUGAGUUACUUUCAUGGGAAGGGUUUGAUACUACAUAAAAACACAGUAAAACUAGUAUGGGCCCUUGUAUUCAUAGAUUGCUGGAAUUUCUCAACACAUCUUGACAGGCUGGGUGGGUGGUUUUUUAUGAUGAAAUACAUGUGCUUCAGAAUUGUUAAUGCCAAAUAACCCCCGGGACCUUAUGAAGAAGGGCAGGCAGGAAAUUGAAUUAAUACCUUACUUUGUAUGCAGAAGCAGGGAAGCCCAUAGUGUGUUGUCACUCCGUGGCUGCUGUAAAUUCCUCACAACUCUUCCACCCGUCACAGCUGGCAUGGUCAGUUACCUGGAGGUUAAAAUGAAAGAGUGAGAAGCCCAUGAUGAAAAACUAGGUUCUUAGUUACCUCAACUCCCAAUUGCUUUGGUAGAUUUGUUUAUGCUACAGCUGAAGAAAACAGAAAGCUUGCUACUGUGCGGCAAAUGCCUCCUGUUGUGUCUAAUCAUUUGAUUAGCGGCUUUUGCAGAUAUGCCAGUAUUUUUCAGGCUGUCAGUGUUCAACUGCUAAAAUGGAAAAAAUAAGAAGAGGUUAGAUCCUGUUAACUUUUCAAAUGUAAAACCAACAACUUAAACUAAAUGCAAGUUUCAGUAGGAAAAAAAUAAAGUCUUAAUCCUGCAUUUCCUGAGAGAACUUACUGCAGCCCUUGGGAGACUCUGUGUCUCUUCUAUAGAGAACAUUCGUUACACAAAAAGAGCAUCUCAGGAUAUUUGUUUAUAAGAAGGCAAGCAAUUCCUGAAGGUGAUCUAUUUUUCCUAUACUGUAUAUGGUAUAUCUAACAUUUUCUGUAUAUGUUUUAUAACUUGGAAUCACAGAGCUGCAGAGUUGGAAGGGGCCUCAAGGGUCAUCUAGUCCAACCCCCUGUAGUGCAGGAAUCCUGAUCAUAGCUGUCCCUUGGUUGGCUCAAACCACCAACCUUCUGGUUAACAGUCAGACACACUGAGCCAUUGUGCCAUUCUUCAAACCAGUUUGUGCGUAAGAGCAGAGAUAUGUUUCAAUGAGACCCUAUGCCAAACACCCACUUCUCCCACACUAGACAUCAGAGGUGUCUAGUUUAUAUGCCACUUUCCCACAGUAAACUGUCCAAAGUGGCUGCCAGUAUUACUCAAUUAUAAAAAGGCAAAACAUUUUUUGCCAAGGGUGCAUUGUCUACAUGAUUUAAGGUGUAUCAACAAUAAGGUACAGAAACUUGAUUUAAAAAUAAGAGCUGGGCUUUUCAGAAUGCUGCAGUUUAUAUUCUGAGCUUAUCCAGAAUUGCAAGUACAUAGAGUCCUGUGUUUGCUCUAUGCUAUUACCAGAUUCUAAUUUAUUGCAAAAACGAGUGAUGAUAAAAAGCAGAGUGAUCAGAUUCCUCAAAGGAAUCCUCGUGGAGGAGCAUCCCUGGGGAUAAGGUGAACACUUAGUGAUUUGUGUAGAUUAGGAAAAGAGACUACUAGGAGUUCCAACAGGGCAGCUACAAUUGGCUUUGAAGCAUGGAGGGGACAGGGAUUUGGGAAGAGCAAAUUAUAUACAAGUACCAAAAGAAAAACUUGAGUAACUGGGAUGAACACAUCAGAUACUGCAUCUCCAAUCUUACGAAGCCUAAUUGCAAUGAGUGAACAAGUUAUCUGUUUCUGAAUCUAUUGGUGUGCUAAAUCAAAAAUAUUGGGCGAAACUAAAGUUUAAUAGGUGUAAAAAGUCACCAUUAUAGUCUAAUGAAGUACAUUUUUUUAUUGUCUCCAUAUGAAACGUAACUUGCAAGUUUUGAAACUCUAAAUUAAAAUUAUUUAAAUGCUAAAGAUUUGACUUUUAACUUGGAACCACAGGCAUUAGAAUUUGUCUUUCUAGCAACCUGGUUUUAUUGGACUGCUGUUCUGCCAUGUGGGUAUUUAGUAUGGGAUGCCAUGGUCAGAGUGCUAACUCAGUGUCAAAGGUUCGUGCUGUGCUGCUGCCACAAGCCGAAAUUGGAACACACAUAGUUGUGUGUGUAACUCUAUGGGUUGUAUCCAAUUGUUGUCCUUACACAAAAGCUUUUACUGCUAAAGAAAGGCAAGGUAACAAUCUUAGAUUACAAAACAUUUCCGUGGUUAAAUAUUCCUUUCUGAAAAGCGAGUUCUGCAUAAUUUUUCAGAAGUGUAAACAUUACAGUAUAAACAUCAAGAUUAUUGUGCUUAUCUCCUAUUGCUCUUGAACCUCUGUAAAGAACUAUAUAGUAAGGGCAUAGUAUUCUCUUUAACAGGAGUAUUUAUUCACUUAUUUCAACUAAACCACAUGAAAUAGCCUAAUCGCAAAUGCAAACACCAGUGGCUCUUCAUUUCCAGGUCUUUUCUCAAUCUGGCAACGAAGUGCCAUGCCAUUCACAAUGCUAUCAUACAUAUAGAUACACCAACUCGAUGGAGUGGACAGAACACUAGCUCACCAUUAAUAUUUUGAAUUAUCUGAUGUGGUUGGACUCUGAUCCCAUCCAGUAUGCUAAACAUUAAUGAAUGCAAAGUUUUACUCCUACUGUAGUAGUUUACAUGAACUCAUUUGCUCAAGAUAGCAGCACUUUGCAGAGGCAGCAGCAACAAAAGUCACAAAGAUUGUUUAUCUUGGAAUAACUAAAGUACAUUGCUAUAUGCUGCAUGACAGAAAGAACACACUAAACGUGAGUACAUGAUACCUAAUGAAAUUCUAGAAGAGCAGAUCUCUCAUUCAAUGUUACUUCAGAGAUACUUUACUUCAGAGGUAUUUAAAUAUAAUUCCUCUAAUGAGAAUAGGUUUCAGAUGUCUUGUUUAGAGAUUUUUAGCAAGUAUGGUUUUCAGCUACCAAAAUUACGGCCUGUAUUUUAAGAUGCUGCUUUAAAAAUGAUGACUGAAAACUGCAUAAUAACAAACAGUUCACACUACAUUCCUUCUGUUAACGAGUGUUAUACUGUUCCUCAUUCCAGCCAUUGUCCAGAUCUAUUCAAUUGUUAAUAGAGGUUAUUUUUCUUUUGAAUGUGAGUUAUUUCACAUGUGCAUCUAGAUAACUUAGUUUCUAUAGUUUAAAUAGAACUAAACCUUGCAAUUUCAUUUUAAGGCAAGUGUUUGUUUUCAAGGGAGGCACUUAUUUACAGAAAACACUUGUGAAUAUCAUAAUAUGUUACAAUCCUACAAGUUUCUUACUGAGCAUGUGUUGAAAUGCUAGGAAGGUUGUGGUCGAUUGUGACCACACAUAUACAGGUAAGAAUGAAAGCUGAUGUUACGAUGCAAGAAUUCGCAUGAUGUUACAAGCAGAAUUCUAAAGUGUUUCAGGUGAAAUGAUGCUGCGGAGAGAUGCAAUAAAAUCAUCUUUGUUUAGUCAGAUGCUAUUCUAACGAAUGCUCUUCUGAAACGUUCGGCUUAAGUAUUUGGUUUGAUGUGUUGUGACCAUUACUUCACACUGAUAAUUCAACAUAUCUGAUACAAGUAUAAUAAAUGUUAGAAUUGUUUGCAUGAUUUAGAAAGUGAAUAUUCUUUCUUUUCCUUUAAAAAAACAGCUUGUAUGCCUGAGCCUUAUACUUGCUGUUUUGUAUAUGUGUUAGCUCAUGUGUGCAAUCUUUGAAGAUGGGUCUACUUUUGUUUUAAAAGUGUGAAAAACACGUAUUCAAAAUAGCUUUCUUUUUUAUAUGUUUUCUCUCCUUAAGAGAUUGUACCCUUUCCUGUUGGUAAACUUUGGGCAUGAUUCAUUGGGUAUGAUUCAUUUGCAUCAUGGGCACAGCCCAUCUCUCCCUGUGUCUUGCAAGUUUAUUGUGUCAAAUCAAUUUGUACAAAAAUAAGGCACCUUCUUCAUAAAACCAAUAUAAGUUUCUAUCACUUCUAUAAGAUAGCUUUAAACAACAAAUAUUGUUUGUCCAUAAUCUAGCCUAAAUUGAUCUUCUUUAAUCUCUUUAUUUUCAUUAAAAGAAUUACGCACAUGUUUGGCUUACUGGAUCAUGUCUCUUGUUGAAUCUUUGCAGGACUUGUUGAAAAAAAUAUAAUUUAUUGUGUUUUGUUCCUGUUAACAGCACAGAAAGAGGAACGUAAGAAUGAGGAUAAGCCAGCUGAAUCUUCAGUAGCAUCAAAGAAAAUGGUUGUGUCAACUACUGCAGCGUCUCAACCCGCUUCUGCAGUGUCUACCCAAAGCAGAAAUCUGCCCUUAAAGAAACCUUCUACAUUUACUAGUUCUAAGCAUCCAAUUAAAUACUCUGCUGCAGGUUUCAAAGGGGUGAUACCUAAGAAAUCCUCACUUUCAACUGGUCCACCUGCAUCAAGCAAUGUGCCAUCAUCAAAGCCUUCACCUUUGUCCUAUGGUACACCCUCAGUUUAUAAAAAAACAAUUUCCUCUUCAAGCAUUGGUGGAGGACUCAGGAAGCCCAUGGUGUCCUCUGCUUCUUCAACAACUUCCUCAGCUACACAAGCAAAAUCUGCAAGUGCUAGUCAAUCACAGCCUAACUCUCAAAUUCGCCAAAAUAUACGGAGAUCUCUUAAGGAGAUAUUGUGGAAAAGGUAGGCACCAAGUGUACUUGCUCUGUGCAAAUAAUCUGUAUAGUUUAGGAUAAUCAUUAGUUGUAAUGCUGCGUGAACAGUGAUAUUCAUUUCUUCUCACCUUUCAUAGCACUUUAGAUAUUGUAUCUGAAAUAAGUUUAGUGCUAAAAUAUUUGUGAAUAUUUUUGACUGAGCAGGAAAUACCUUAGUCAGUAAAUGUCAACAUUUCUUAAAGGUUUUAAACAAGAAUAGAAGGCCCCAAAGGCAAUCUUACUUUCUUGAAAACUAGAUUUUAAAAAGAAGCAUGGUUUCACAAAACAGAUAAGCACUGUCCAAUAUAAAUGCAUGUGCUUAUCACCAGUUUCCCCAAACUAUCAUUAGUACUUUAAGCAGCAGAACAAUCCUCCUGAGUACAUGAUAUUCAGAGGAUGUUGCAGCAGUGGAUAGUGGGAAUCAAAGAAGGAAAAUUCAUCCUUGGAUUAAAUAGGCCAUUUUUGAGACUUAAGUCAUAGAAGAUUCUUCCUGCAUAUAGGUAGAUCAAGCUACUUAGCAGUACUGUCAUUUUUGACUCCCUUUUCUUUCUUUCCUAACUUUCUUUUGGCAGAGUAAAUGAUAGUGAUGAUCUGGCUAUGACAGAGAGUGAGGUGGGAAAGAUUGCACUGAACAUUGAAAAGGAGAUGUUUAAUUUAUUCCAGGCUACAGACAAUCGGUAUAAGAGUAAAUAUCGCAGCAUUAUGUUCAAUCUGAAGGACCCUAAAAAUCAGGUUUGUAUGAAAGCGAAUGAAUGACUUCUCAACAGCCUUUUUUUUUUUUUAAGUGGACAGCCUUUGAUUUGACUGCAUCAUUUAUUUUUAGCUCUUUUUGUAAACUGCUUUGAGUUUUCUUUACCCCCUGCUUGGCAGGGGGUUGGACUCGAUGGCCCUUGUGGUCUCUUCCAACUCUAUGAUUCUAUGAAGAGGAUUGUAAAUUUCAUUGGGGUGGGGAGCUUUCGAAGCAUGAAUGGCUAAAACUAACAAGCUUGGGGCUGUUUGGUUUAGAAAAGAGGCAAGGGAAUAUGAUAGAGAUAUAUAAAAUUCUGCAUGUGGAGAAAAUGCCUGUGGAACGCUCAGUCCCAUCUAUUGUUUGUGCCCAUUCCUGAUACAGACAUGCUUCAAAUUAUGUUAUAGAGUAGACUCUUAAUGUUUUGCUAACCUGGCAAUAUUUUUUUAAAAAAUGUAUUUUAAAUAUUUCAUUCUAUUUACACUUAAGACCCUUUAGAAGGAAUUCAUGAACUGGAUGACAGCAUUUACUUGCCUAUUGGAAGAUUCUCAUUUGCUAGUUGUGUAAGUAGUUACUGCUCACCUCGAAUCACUCCUCUCUCUUUAGGGACUUUUCCAUCGUGUUCUUAGGGAAGACCUUCCUUUGUCAAGGCUUGUAAGAAUGAAGCCGGAAGAACUUGUAUCCAAAGAGCUAUCUACAUGGAAAGAAAAGCCAGCCAAAGCAGUAAGCAAUAAAAUUUUGUGUUUAUUAUGUAAGGAUUAUUGAUGAGCAAUUCCAGCUGAUGUGGUAAUUGAUUACAGAUUAAUGAUUGAAGUCUAGUUCACUGACUUUGUGUGUGUAUACAAAUCACAUUAUUGUUUUCAUAGGUAAUGGCAGCUAGACGUAAAUCUUUUGAAAACAAGAAAUCUGCUGUAAAACAAGAACCCAUCCCAGAUGCUAAUAUGGAAGAUUCCCCACCAGUGUCUGAUUCAGAUGUAAGUAUAAGCCACUUAAGGCACUGGUUUACAAUUAAUUAUAUAGACCAUUUACCAAAAUUUAGUUCUUUACAUGAAGAUAUUGUAUAAUUUAAAAUGUCAUGUUUUAAGAUCUCAAGUAUAGUUUAUCUGCUUGCUUGCCUUUUUUUAUUUUAGAGGGCACAAUCCAGUAAUGCUCUAUAGCAGCUUACACACACGCUGCACAAUUCCUGCAGUACUCUAUACUUAUUCUGAGGUACAUGUACACAGUAUUAUUAUUAUUAUUAUUAUUAUUAUUAUUAUUAUUUUAAAUUUGUAUACUGCCCUUCAUCCAAAGAUCUCAGGGUGAUUCACAGCAUAAAAUACAGAAUAAAACCACAACGAACAUGAUGAAAACAAGAACAAACCAAACCAAUAGCCCACCCACCACUCUACACUGUAGUACACUGCCUAUUACCUGGAAUGUUGCUUUGGCAUGGUUCCUAUUGCAAAGAGACCAAUGAUAAACAGGCAACCCCUUAUUUGUGCAUGGCUGUGUUUUGGGUCAUUGUGCAUGAGAGCGGAGCACACAUAAGCUUGUUCCCACCCCGUUUUCCUGCCACUUCUGGGUCACCACAAUGCACACGUGUGUGAAUGUCAAUUGAUUGUUGCCCGUACAUUAAUUAAUUUGCCCAAAACAGGGGACCAGCACACUUUCUGUUUCCCCACUUGGGUGCUGUCGAAACCUGUGGUGCCAGUAAUGAAUUUACGCAAACCUUAUAAGGAUCUCUUUCUGCAUAUGAGCUUGCACUUGUUGAAAGGUCAAGUUAUGUUAGAUUUUAGUAGUAUCAAUUGCUUUAUUUUUUGGAGCUGUGGAUGUUUGUUUUCAAAUCUGCAUAUCUACAGGAAUUUGCAUGUGUAUAGUUGAAAUGAGCCUGAUACCAGCAAAUCAUACCAUUGCCUCAAUUCCUUUUUAGGAGCAGCAAGAGGCAGAUCGAGCAGCUCCUGAGAAAAGCAGCGCUCCAAUUCUUGAUGUUUUCAGCAGUAUGUUACAGGACACAACAAGUCAACACCGAGCCCAUCUUUUUGACCUGAACUGCAAAAUCUGUACAGGUAUGCACAUGGAUUACCAAGGCUGUGUGAACACCCACGUGGUAGAAAUGCAAAGCAGAAAUUUAAAUUACCAUAUCAAUUUUGUUCUGGGUAAACCCAAAUCUGGCUGAAGCCUCAAUUAUACAAACGGCCAGACUUUCUUCUUGCAGUAAAAUAAACUUUUUGCUUCUAUAAAACAGCAACAAGCAAGAAGUGAUUUCCCUGUCUCCAAGGGAAAUAUAGCACCAUGUCCAUGAAAUGACACAGACUCACAAUGUUACAUGUUACGUUUUUUUUUACCAUUUAGGUCAGAUGUCAGCAUCUGAUGAAGAACCAGCUUCAAAGAAACUAAAAUCGUCCUCUGUUAAGAAGGCGGAACCAAAGCCAGAAAUGAAGUCAAAAUUUGAAAGCUCGACACCAACAGAUGAAGUGGAGGCUGCAAAAGAAGAGGAAAUGGAGACUGCUGCAGAACCUGUUGUUGAAUCUGUAGCUGAAGUAGUUCCUCAGCCAAGCAUAGAAAAAGCUUACAUUCCUUUAACACAAGGACAAAGCAAUCCAUUAUCUUCUCUACCCAAUGAGAGCUCUCUCUAUCCCACAUCUUAUGCUGGCGGUGUUAUCACUACUGUGACAGUCUCUGGGAAGGAUCCCAGAACAGCCAUGAGCACUUUGUCAACCUCUGCUUCUACUGUGACUUCUGCAUUGCAUCCCAACCCAGCAUCUGACAAAGGUUCUGUAGGGGAAAGUAAACCGGAAAUAUCCAGAAAUACUGUAGCAGCUCCAAAAUCAAUAUUAACGAAGCCAUCAUCAUCAUCGGACCCAAGAUACUUGGCAGCUCAACCAUCCCUAAAUGUUAGGUAUGUGUGUGUCAGUCUGCAAGAGGGUCACUAGGCCUGCGUUAUUGUGCAAAGGGGGCCAUUCAACCCAGUGGUGUGUGUGUAGCUAGGUGCAGGGGGGGCCUUCAAAUUCCUUCUAAGGAAGGAAGCUUCCCAGAGUGAGUAAAAUGGGGGGCAAGGUGGGUGGGCAAGUUAAUGGGCAUAGCUAGGUUUGUCCCCCCAGCGGGUGGCUCCUUGCUGUCCCCCAAUUGUGCAAGGAGGAGAAAAGCUCAGACCAAACACCCUUGCUGCCAUUGCUCUGCAAGUACUCUGAUGCUAAGUGACAGUGAGGGAUCACUCUUUGCCUCUCCUCAAGAUGUGAAGGAGGGAUAACUUGUGCUAAUCUCUCAGAAGCCACUAGGAGGAAAGGACAGCAAAGCCAUAAACAGGAGGAUUUUUUACUACUUCUGCAUACUUUGAAGAUUUGCCAAGUCGUAUUUACUCAUGUAGCACACUUCUCAACCUCUAGUAGCAUUGAUGCACAGGAGGAGCCAGUGUUUGUAAGAACUGGGGGACGUGGGGUCACACAUUGUCUUCACUCAAGGCAGGUUUAUAAACUUCAGUGUCUCUCUAUCUUUCAUGCAAAAGAGAAUCAGUCACAAGUCUUACAAUAUCAACUCAAUCCCUAAUAAUAACAGGAAUUCUAUUCAUGGGUUAGCAAAUUAAUGGUCCGUCUUUUGUGAUCACUAGCCUUCCACUGGAUGUGCUGGAAGUCUUAAAAAUUGAUUUCUAGCCCAUUAAUUUAAUUUACUAAAAGUGUAUUUCGUAAGAUUUAGGAUCAUUUGAUUUGAAAAAUGUUGGGGUUGCCUGGGAUGGAGGGGCAUUUGUAGAGAUACAAUUUGUAGAGCCACACUUGACACAAUUCUCCCUCCUGGGUUUUCUGUUUUGCAGUAUGUCGGAGAUACGGUCCCCCCAAGAAGGAGAUACGUCCGUCUUUCUCUCUCGCCUUAACACCAUAUGGAAAGGCUUUAUCAACAUGCAAAGCGUGGCCAAGUUUGUCACCAAAGCUUACCCUGUCUCUGGAUCCUUUGACUACCUCAGUGAGGUGCGACUUUGAAGUGCUUGUGCUUUCUGUGUAAACUAUAUCUAAAAUCAUAUUUCUAACUAAAUUUGCUUUGCGAUAAGAGGUUAGCUAUGUAAUAUGUUACCAUGUUUACUCAACAUGAUAGCUUGAAAGCUAAGCAAAUUGACCUAUUGACCUACUAACAUUUUCAAAUUUCAUUUAGGUAAGAGUUUUAAUAACUCACUGUUCAGACAGUGGCCUGACUGCAAAUAGUGUAGCAGUGUAGCAUAAGAAAUCGGACAUAGAUAAUGUGUACAUUGACUUGGCAACCAUUUCAUGCGGGGCUUCUGUUCCCAGCCCCUGCGUGUGCGGAACACAGAUAAGCAGCCCCUGCUCCAUUAUGUCCCCAUUCUGUCUUCUUCUGGGUCCAAAAAGACCAUGUGUCAGUGAUCAUACGUCAAUUGGAUGCACCUAAAAUGGUCACCACCUCUAUCGUAUCGGACAGCAAUUUAUUUAAAAAAUAAUAAAAUAGUAUUGGUGAUCUGUAAGUACAAUAGUACCUCGUGUUACGUACUGUCUCCCUUACGAAUGCUUCGGGUAACGCACUCUGCUAACCCGGAAAUAGAUGCCCCUUGUUGUGAACUUUGCCCUGGGAUGUGAGCGGAAGUCACACUCCGGUGGCGCGGCAGCAGCAGGAGGCGCCAUUAGCGAAAGCACGCCUCAUGUUACAAGCGGUUUCUGGUUACGAAUGGACCUCUGGAAUGAAUUAAGUUCGUAACUGGAGGUACCACUGUAAGGGGAAAAUAGGAGCACUGAAAUGGCAUGCUGGAUAUAACAUUUUUAGUAUUAAUACUUCAUAUCAGUAACUGAUAAAGCACUGUUUAUCAUUUUCUGUUAAUUACACUCUUGAUUUUCAUUUUGGUCUGGUGGUGAGAAGCAGUGAACAGUAAUCAGGAAGUGUGACACUAACUAAGUGAUGAUUGCCACUGUCAUGGGAUGCCUGCAAUAUUCAGUGAGCUCCCAGUUUCCUGUAUUAAACCCAAAAAAGAAACAUAGGAAGGAAGUUCAGUAUAGUUUAUUAUCAAGUGUCAAACCAACAACCGCAGACUGUUCAUAAAUUCCAUUACUUGAGGAAAAGCCACCUUGGUUCUUGCAUACAUUCAAAUAGAUUUCACGUAUUGCUCUGCAUUGUUUGUGUAAGAACUGGUGGGAAGGUGGGGAGUAGAACAGUAGCUGAAACACCUGUAUAUCUUUCCUGCCUUAGAGGAGGAAGAUACUUCAGUGUAUUCAACUUUUUUUAAGCCUUCCUGUGCUCCUUUUAUGGUCAAUAUGAACAGGGUGCUUGAAAUUUUGAUUCCUGUGCACCAACAAAUUCUGUCAGUGGAAUCUUUCUUCCUGUGUUUUGAAGCAGGGAUAGGAAGACACCUAAACUUACGGAUGUAAGAAUAACCCUUUUUCCUCCGAGUUUGGAAAACAAGUAUGUUACGAUCUUAGGCUCAGUGGGCUAUGAAUAUGAUAUAGUAGCAAUGUUUAUAUGCUGAAUUCUGGGACAAACUGUGGUUAAUGCAAACAAAUAGAAAUAUGUUUGCCCCUUCAACUAUAGAUAAGACAGCUUUAUAAAUACAAACACAUUGUGCCUCAACAGCAUGUUUUAGUGACAGUUAAAUUUUUACUCUAUGAAAAUAGGCUAGGAAUGUUUUGUCACAAUUUUCAAAGCUACUUUUUGUAGCUUUAAUGUGCAAAAGUAUUACUUCUUUAUGUAAAAGCUAUCUCUCACAGUGCUCAGAUGUUACUGUCUGAGCCUAAUAUGAGAGGGAGCGAGCCUCAGGUUCUUAGCACACCAAUAGCCAGCCUUUCCAGCUCAUUUUCCUUGUACAAAAAGUCAUGUUUGACCCAUACAAAUACUGCGUUCAUCAGUUCCCAAGAUCUUGUGGCACCUAUCCCCCUUGAUGUAGACAGAACAUGUAAAUAAAAGCAACAUCCUACUACAGUGUCAGACAUAUUUCUUCAUUCCCAGAUAAGAAACUAUAGUCGGGGUACCCAAGGAUGAGAUGUACUCCCUCUCAUACCAGAUUCAGAAAGGAACAUAUGAAUGAGCUGUGGUUUGUGGAAUUAAAAGGGGACUGUUUUCUGCUAGCAGUUUGAAAAUCGAAGUGGAAGGAUAAACAGAAUUGUAAACAUAAUGGCCAUAGCUACAGUAAAAUCACUGUAUACCGUAUUUUUCCAUGUAUAAGACUAGGCUUUUUUUUAAAAAAAAAAAGUCAAAAAUUAGGGGGCGUCUUAUACACGGAUAGUGCCAGGGGUGGACUGGUGAUUGGUUGUUGCUGCAAAAAUAGGGAGCUUCUUAUAUAUGGAGGCGUCUUAUAGAUGGAAAAAUAUGGUAGCUUCUAUUUAUAUUCUGUUGGUAUAAUUCUAUUUACUGGAAGGUGUGGGGCAAUAUACUUUGCCCUCAAACUGCCCUCUUCUCACAUUAUGUAAUGCUUCUUAUCUAGGAUUUACCUGAUACAAUUCAUAUUGGAGGGAGGAUCUCACCGAAGACAGUAUGGGAUUAUAUUGGCAAACUGAAAUCAUCUGUGUCAAAGGUACUUUUUAAAAACCCUGUUUGGUAAUGGUGAAAGAAUUGAACUUUAUUUGAAAUAAUAAUUGUGGAUGGGAUCCAGUGAACUAUAUAACUAAGUUAUUCUACCUAAGGGAGGAGGACACUGCUGGCUUGAAUUUAUGGUACAGCAGCAACUCCUAAUGUUUUUCACACGUCUCUUUUGAAAUGUGAAGGAGACUUCUUUUUUAAACAUGGCAUACAGGCGUAUUCAUCAAAAUAAAAAGAUAAAAUUGCUCCUACCCAUACCCACCUGCACCCCAGCAGCAGUUUGGAUUCUUGUCAGUAAUUUGCACCUGAAAUUCUUUAAGAUAAGCAAAAUACAAUAAUGGCUUUUCCUGCUGGCUGUUACUUCCCUUCCACAUACUCUCACCACUUCUUCCCUGCCCCAACCGGUUCUGUGUUAGUAACAUUUCAAUUUCCAGCACAGCAUAAAUUAUCACUGACUUCCUAUGAGCCAUCAUAGUAAGAAUCCUUACUAGAUCUAACCCUAAAAGUGUUUUAAUAACGAAAAAUUCAGCAACCUUAAAUAAUGUAGAGUAAAAUUAUAUUGAUAAUUUUACAUAAUCUUUGCUUAUUUGAUGGCAGUGAAAUAAGGCAUUUUUUAAAGCUGCACCAUCUUUUGGAUCACCAAUAUAAUUCCAUAUUUACUGCUGCAGACCCUGUAAUGAGUGUCUGAGGCCCUUCUUCAUGUGCUCCUCCAAGAGAGGUCCAGAUAAGUGGCCACACAAGAGUGGGCCCUUUCUGCAGUGGCUCCCUGUUUGUGGAAUGCUAUCCCCAGGAAGGCUAACCUGGUGCCUUCAUUACAUAUCUUUAAGUGCCAGGCAAAAACAUUCCUCUUUUCCCAGGCCUUUGGCUAAUUAUACAAUUUAUGGCUUUUAAAACUGUAUGUGGGAGGGGGGUGUUAUUGCUUCCGUUUGUUAUUAUGGUAUGUAUUUUUGUAAACUACCUUGUGAUCCUUAGAUGAAGAACGGUAUAGAAAUUGAAUAAGAAUAAUUCUGAAAUUAUUACUUCAAAAGUGAAGUGCAUUGAUGCCAUGUUGCCCUCACUUGCUAUUUAUUUAGCAAUAGGUUGGUAUUUUUCCUUUAUAUUUUUGUAUUAUAGGAACUAUGUUUGAUCCGCUUCCAUCCUGCAACAGAAGAAGAGGUGCCUUCCUACAUUUCUCUGUACUCCUAUUUUAGCAGUCGUGGCCGAUUUGGUGUUGUUGCUAAUAACAACAGACAUGUCAAGGACCUCUAUUUGAUUCCUCUCAGUGCAAAGGAUCCUAUUCCAUCCAAACUUUUACCCUUUGAGGGACCAGGUAAGCAAUGAAUUGUAGGAAACCCAAAUACUUCUGCCCUUCUAUGUUACAACUAUAAAUACCAUACCAGACAUCAUUCAUAACACACACUUCAGCUGGAUAAAUGUAGAAAGGAAAAGUACCAUAUACCGGUCGAUUGCAGUAUGUCCCUGGUUGAUCGCGGGAUCAUGCCCCCCUCCCCCCCAAAGCUCAACAACUUUGAUGCUUUCCCAACAAAAGCUCAGCAACUCUGGUCAAUCCAAUGGGUAGCUCACUGCCAUUUUUUCAUAGAUCGCAGCCUAUUGGAAGUUGGACGUCCCUGCUAUAUACAAAUCAUAGUUUGGGAAAUUGGGGGACAUAACUACAAGAACUUUUAUCUUUUAAAAAGGCACAGGGAGGUUAGUUAAGUUGGUACGCAACAUGACAUGCUCCAAAUGAGCAGAAGUGGUCAGCAUCUUUGAACAGAAGCAAACACAGAAAGCCCACGGAACAUCACUGACGUUGAAAGGUAAGAUUGUCAUUUGCAGACUAUAUUAUAGGUGUGCUUGAACUCCUACAAUCAAAAACUCACAAGAUCUCAAGAUUUCAGGACUGAGCUCGCCCAGUGGUGUGAGGAAUGUCCCAAGGAACUCAAACUUUCAUAGCUGAAAGAGACACACACAUAAAUAAGCUGUAGUUACACACUAGUCCAUCAGCUGUCUUGACACUGAUAGAUUCGUUGCCCCAGGGAAGAGAACCACAGUCUCUGUCUUAUUUCUAGAGGGAAUGCUGUUUUUCUAUCUAAAACAGAUUUUAAUCAAACAGAUACUGCAUACUAAUUAGUCAGAACUGAUUAGAAAUAAGGUAUGGUUUAUUUCAAUACUAUAUUCCUGAGCUUCUGCACUCUUAAGAGGUCACCCUGCUAUUUAUGUAUGUUGUCCUUCUGAAUAAAUAACCACACAAUACUGCACAUAUGCUUGUAAGGAAAUUCUCUUCGGCUCCAGGAUAAAUCACAAGAAAUUUCCAUUUUGACUGGAAAAAAAGACUUUCAUCCAGUCUCUUUAGUUUGUGGCAAACAAACUGGGUAGGGGAGAGAAAAUUGAGGUUUUCUCCUUUUGUAUCUAAAGUAGUAUUUCUUGUAACUUUGAAUCUUGAACUUCAACCCCUUUCCAUUUGUGUAUAUUGCUGAGGAUUCUCAGGAAAAGUCUAUGGCACAUACUCAUUUUACAGGCCUGUUAGGCAUAGCUGUCAGCCUGUUGGAACUGAGAUUACAACUUAGAAGUUGUAACAAAUCUGACACUUCCCCACAACUGUGCAUUUCAUGGUUUGGUUAUGGCAAACUAACUUCCUUGAAACCGUACUAGUCAUUUAAGGAACUCCGCAUAAGCUUUUGAUAAACCCAAGCAUCCCUAGAGCACCGUCUGAAAACCAUACUAACAUAGGGCACACUCUAAAAUCCUAUAAACAAAGAACCUUAUUUCAAACCACUUGAAUCUGAAAAAAGAACCACAAUUUCAAAAUAUGGACUGCCUGAACCAUUUUUUUCAGAUUCCACGUUGCUCUUGAUUCUGAAGGCCUAGUUAAAUGUUCAGGGGAAGAGAAGUCUUCUAAAGGGUUGUGACAACUCAGAAAGCAUGUGAAAUUUGUUUGAAAGCACCCCCAUCAUAAUCCUCCUUGAUGACAGCAUACACAUACUUCUACCAGUAGGUUUUUUUUAAAAAAAAAUAGAGGACACAGUCCAAAUCAUAAUUUCCUGUGUGUGUUUUGAGGUGAGUCAUAUACAUGAAGCCUAUUAGAACCUUUUCGGAUAAGUUGUCUCAGUUCUCAGUAUACGCGGACGUGUACGGGGAGAGGUAUAAAAUCUGCUAUCCAUAUAUUUUAAUGAAAUUUACUGCUCUUAUUACAUGAUCUUAAUAAAAUGUAUUUUUGCAAAGUGGUCAUUGUCUCUUUCAAUUCAGAUGUUUUAGUGGCUGUAACCAUGUAUUGGACUCGGUCUAGUUAGUAAAAUAAGUCUUAUUUUAUAGUGACACCUGCUAGGUUGCUAAAAAUGUUAUUCACACACAUAGUUGAGACAUAUAUUCUGUAUCACAGGAUCAAUUCUGGGUUUCAGACUGUUGCUUUACCAGGCUGGGACAAAAUAUUUUAACAAAACAAAUAUCCUAAAGCAUUUUGGUAUCAGUUGAUAUCAGUUAUUCAGUAGAGCUUGCUCUGAUAUGUUUAAGAUAGAGACUACAAUAUGCUUGACAGUAUAAUCCUCUACAUAUCUACUUAGAAGUUAAUCCUCUUCAAUUUCAUAGGACUUACCCAGGACUAAGUUUGGUUUACAGAGGUUGUAGGUGAAAUGGUUGUGACACACCUAGUGGUGAUCAUAAAUAGUGGAGCUGGAGUACAUCAUGUGAAUUCCCCUUCUGUGCCUGGACCAUUAGAUGACUGUGCUGCAUGGCAGACUUCUGUUCUACAAGAAGUCACACCAGCUGAUGUCAAAACCAAGAAAGAAAAAGAAAACAUAAUUUGUACUGGAACUGAAACAUGUUAAUGUCACUAAACCUUAGGAGUUAAAAGUUGUAAUUAGUUAAAUCAUUCUGUGUUUGGUGAAAUAAGCUUCAUUGCUACCUGCUUUUUCUUCUCAAUUAGUAAUGGGGAACGGAAAUAUGGGAAAUGGAUCAGAAUGGCUGUCCCAGCCCCCACUCCCCGCAAGGAAAUCUGCAGUGAUAUUGUUCCAACCUACAUGAAUUAUCACAGCUCCUCCAUCAUCAGUCCCAUGUGUGAGAUUCACAUACCUGACACUGCUAAGCAGUAGAAUGUCCAAGAAGCACUUGGUCUCUUAUCUGGCUGUUUCUUUUCCUACACUGACUAAUGCAGGGCAGGGGAGGUGGGAUAACCUAGGUGGAUCCUUCAAGUAUAUGGCCCCAUGCCAGCUGCCACAAUUGCAACAAGCAUGCCUUCUUGGAAUCAGGUUCUAUUCACUAAAAACCUUUUCAGCACUUGCAGACAUUUAUGCUGAAACUUGAUGAAGAUUUUCUAUUUUGUUCCACAGACCAUUUUGACUUACAUAUUUUCAAACACUGGCAGUGUCUCUUUCCCCCCAAGGAAGUUAGCAUGUUCUCAAAUCUACAAAUGAAAUCAUUGAGUGGUGGAAUCGGGAGUGGAUAUCUGCAGAACUCAUCUCCAUACACUAUUGAAGCUCGGUGUUUCUUUCAGCAAAAGCUUAAUAUUUUAGUCAAUAGGUAUUCCCUAGCCCAAAGCUAGAAGAAUAUUAAAAGAAGAACAUUGAGUAUCUUGGUAAUUGGAAGGAGGAUCUCCGCAGUGAAAAAGCACCACUUGUACCUUUGAUGCAUUAUUUAUAAUACAAUACUAUGUGCAGUCCGGAUCAUCAGCAUGAGACUCUCAGGUGCACAUGUGCCUACAAGAGCCUUUCCUGCUUCUGGAAUUAAGACUUGAAGAAAGCAUUCAAUUCUAGUCAACAGAAUAGGUUCCUGUGCAUGUUUGGCUCCUCAUUCUCUCUCGUGUGUGUGUGUGUGUGUGUGUGUGUGUGUUCCCCACAACUUUUCCAAUAUGCACAUUGCUCACUGGCUCAAAAUGAUUAGUGACUCCAAAGAAGAGCAAUAUUUACAGGGCACCACACCAUUCCCAUAGCCUUUUUUUUUUUUUUUUAACUGAAAUUCAUUUUCUGCUUUACUCAAAAGCAACUAUAAUAAUCAUACUGCUUACUAGAUAGUCGGCGCUUGUUGGUCAGGCUGAGCACAACUAACAUUGAGCGAUUGUGUAAACCAGUCUUAGUACUGCUGUCAAUUCCAAUUAUGAAUAAGGGACAUUACGGUGGAUGCUCGGGUUGUGAACAUGAUUUGUGCAGGAGGCACGUUCGCAACCUGCAGCACACGCGCGGGUCGCGAUUCAGCGCUUCUGCACAUGCGCAAAGCGCGAUUUAAUGCUUUGCAUGCACAAGCUCCAAAACCCAGAAGUAACCCGUUGUGGUACUUCUGGGUUCAGCGUGGUGCGCAACCUGAAAACACACAGCCUGAAGCGUCUGUAACCCGAGGUAUGACUGUAUUGAUGUUCAGGUAAAGAAGGCUGUAAAAAAGAUCACUGAAGUAGCCCUACAGCUGCUUAAUGAGCAGCACUGGUUUGCACCUACAGUGGUAACAAAUCUUUUAUGAAAACUUACUUUAUAAAAAUUCUUGGUUUUAUGUCAAGAAAUAAGCGUUCAGGGCUUUUAAAAAGUUUAUGGGAUGUCUGUCUUAAUUUCUUAGAAACUUAAUUUCUUAGAAACAGUAAGCCUCCAUAUACUUACCUGAAUUCAUAAUAUGGGCAGCAGCAACUAGACAGGAAUUGAUAAGUUUCCCUUAGGGGUCAUAUUUUUAAUAUAGUUUACAUUCUUUCCUCUGAUUCAUAUUCAGAUCAAACUAGGUAGGAAUAUAGUGUACAGUAAAAAAUACUAGUGGUUUUUUUAAAAGGACUAGCUUUUUUUAAAAAAAUCAAUAUUUUUAACCUUCCUCCAGAAACAAAUGUUGGUACGCACUUUCAUUUUUAAAACUAGGCUCUUAUAAGAACCUAAGAUGAACCUGCUGAAUCAGACCAUUGGCCCAUCUAGACCAGCAUCAUGUUCUCAAUGGGGCUGACCAAAUGCCUGUGGGAUGUCUGCAAACUAGACCCAUGAGCACAACAGCACUGUGUCCACCUUAGAUCCCCAGGAACUGGUAAUUAGAGCCACAAUGCCUCUGACUGGAGGUUGAAUAGAGCCAUUGAGGCAUGUAGCAGCCACUGAUAAACUUUAAUAAAUAAAUAGGCUUACAUGGUUGCUCAUUAUGCCUCCACAAAGAGUAUAGUCUCUUUGUCACAUUAUCCCCAAUAGUCAUUGCUUGUAACCUGGCUUGCUUCGUGUUUCCAUUAUCCACAGAGGCUAAACAGCCACUCAGAAGCUGCUUUCUUAAGUAGUGGUUUUAAAUUUUAUAGGGUUUGUAUUUAUAAGCUGGUUUAUAAAACAUUUCUGCCCACCCUUUCUAAAUUAACUAGGUUAGUUACUUAUAACCAGUUAUUUAAUACUUCUUAGCUGUGCACAAGAGAUUGUAGUUAACUAAUGCAAAAUCAUUUUUAUUUCCAUGUAACUUCUCACCUACAUCCCCAUUGGUUUUAAAACUGGGUUGGCCAACUUGAGGGCAAUAUAAGUAUAUAUAGUUUGAACCCAGUAAGCCUAGCUCAACACUACACAACACUUUUGAAUGCCAGCAUUACAGUAGAACUGCUCAGAGUGUCAAAAAAGUGAUGGAAGGAGAAAACACGGCUUGACAGAAGUGUAGGUGGAUUGUUCUGAGAACACCAAAGUUUAUGUGGAGUACCACAGAUCUUUGUAAGAUUAGUAGGCAAAAGCUGAUCAAAUUGUCCAUGAAAGAUUAGGCACAAUUCUCUGCAUGGUCACUCAGAAGUGUGCCCAGUGAGUUCAAUGGGAAUUACUCCCAGGUAAUUGUGUAAAGGACUGGAAGAUAAAUUAAUCAGAACAGUUAAGGGGAUGCAAAUGACAGCUUCCUUCGGAAUUACAAACUAAUUUUUUAAAGGUCAGAAUAAACAUUUUUCACAACCAUGUUUUUUUUAAAUGUGGAGUUAUUAGUAAUGAUCAUUCUACAUUUAUUCUUUGCUGCUCUAAAACAUUUUGUCUUCUAAAAGUACUUUCCUAUUUCAUGCAAUACAUUUGUUAAGUCGUUGGUUUUUAUCCUUAUUCAGCACACUUUCUGAGCACAUGCUACAUUUUAAACAGCCAAACAAUUUAUACUUUUCAACUGAAAUGCCAACUUCCUUCAUUUUAAGAGAAACAAAGUGAAGUUUUGUCCUAUUAAAUAUAUUUAGGGCAACUUAAGUUAAUAAACAUGAUCAGUGUUAAGAUCAAAAUCUUAAAAAGUAAUAGUAAUGGAAAUGGUUAGUACUUCAACUUUACUUAAAGAUCACACACAAAAGAGAAUUGAACACAACCAACUAAAACGAGAAAAUCAAAAUAAUGCAUUGACUGUCAAAAUGUAGAGUAGUAGCCACUAAAGUAAUUAUUACUUUAGUGAUUGUGGGAGGCAUCUGAUGGGCUAAAUCACUGGGAUUGCUAGAUGAAAGUAUUGGAUAUAAUGCAGAACUAAGAUAUAAAAAGACUACAAAUUUGGAAAUAAUGCAUCAGUUGAAUAUUGUACUUGCCCUUAUCUUCCUCCAAAUGAUAAUACAUUUAAUGCAAAUUGGAAAUAAAAUUAUUCUCAGAAGAUGAGAUUCUUCAUCCUUAUUACUUAGCACUCUUCUAAUAAAUUGAAAUAGACUACUUAAUAUUUGAUCUGUUUUACUGUAACCUAUUAGGGUGUGAGCUAUCAUGGCAUUUAACUAUUCUUAAGUCUAUAAUAUUCAUAUACUCUUAACUAUAUUCCUGAAUGUUUGCACAAGUGGGCAGAAUGGACAGUAAAAUUGGAGUUGGGGAAAGAAAAAGCAAUGCAUCAUCUACAUGACUGUCCAGUUCUUAGGGCUGGAGUCUCUGUUGUAUGUAUAGUAAUGUAAAACUUAAGCGCAACCUUAUGAAACAAAACAACAGUGGUUUCCAAGGGCUUUAUUGUUACUCGUUUUCCAUAUAUAAUAGUAUGAAUGGUAAAAGCCUAGGUGUAUGUAUAUUCUAUUUGUUGACCUAGUGAUACUAACUGUGUAAGGUUAAAUCUCUAUUGAAACAUUUAACUAAACUGGAAAUUGCUGGAUCUCUCUCUCAGCAGUCUAUUCCAUAAUUACCUCUGUUCCAUUUCUCCUUUGAGUAAUUCUGUAUUUCCCCCAGUCAUUAUGCAGUGCUUUGUUAACCAUCAAUAUGACUUACAGAAAGAUCAGAUGUUUGUAUGUCUGCUGAAAGUAGGACUGGCAAAACUGGUGGUAGUGGUGGUGGUAAUAAUAAUAAUAAUAAUAAUAAUAAUAAACACCCUACUCAUUUGGCUGUUGAUUUGUUAAUUAUUUGGAAAUCAUAAAAACGCAGAGUUUUCUAUUACCCUCUGAUAAUUUAUAUAGUUACUUGUGGAAUCCUAAAUUUGAGGAUUCCACAAGUAACUAAUAAUAAUAAGAGCCACUCUUUAUUAAGGAUCUAAUCAGUCUCUGAAAGGUUAAUUGGUUAAAAAAUACAGCAGCCAAAUUACUGGGGUUCCAUUUAGAACUCAUGUUACCCUAAUUCAGGGUGCUCAUGCUAGUGUUCAAAGCCCUAAACUACAAGUCCCAGUGUCUAAAACACCUUAUUUCUUAAGUGGGUGUUAAGAUUAGCAGAGAGCGCCCUCUUGAUAGUUCUGCCACCCAGGGUGGUGAUGGCCUGGGAGAGGGCACCAUGCGGCAGCUAUGCGCAUAUAAUUCCUUCUCCACAGAGAUGCAUUCAGCAUCUUUUAAAAAUGUAGUUUCUGGUGCAUGAUGAAGACACACCUCUUUACCCUGGCCUUUGACACCUGAGAUAUAUAUUUUUGGGUCCCACCCUAUUAUUUUGAUUGUAUUUGUUUUAAAUUGAUAUUAAUAUUGCAUUACAUUGCUGUAACCUGACGUGACCUUGUGGGAUGGAUAAUAAACAAAUUAAUAAUGCACGCUCACCUGGGAGUAAGUACCAUUGGACUUAAUGGGACUUGCUUGUGGGUAGGCAUAGGACUGUACUGCAAGGGUUGUGCUUUGUAGAUAAGUGACAUGAUCCAUGGAGGAAUCUCAUAGGCAUCAUGUACAUACGCAGAGAAGUUCGACUGGCUCCCUCCUUGCUGUCUUUCAGCCAGCAGGUGAAGCCAUUCUUAUUCCAACAGGCCUUUUGGUACUGAUUUUUAAGGAAAGGGCUGGUGCUGUGAAUUAAAUAGUUUCCCCCUCCCCUAAGUUUUUAGCUGUUUCUAUUUUAUCUGUAAGCAGCCUUGAGUAUCUGUCUGGGAGAAAGUUAAGGAUGAUGAUAAGAACAUCUUCAUCAUCAUCAUCAAGUGACAAUCACCAGUUUUACUACAUAAAAGCAUAUAUUGGUUUCUCAGUAAUAUUGAGAAGAAAAUACAGUUUUUGACUUAGUUACAGUCUGAUAGUUACUUUAAUGUUCUGUUUUCCGCUAAUUAUUAUUACAUUCAUUAAUAAAGUGGAGUAUGCAUAGUGUUCUGUAACAUUUUUCACAUUGUUUGUUACAAAUCUUAGUAAUGACUGAUUUCAAGCUUAAUUUUUUUUAAAAAAAAAAAUCUUACAUGAAAUCUUGUUUUGUCUUACAGGUCUUGAAUCAGCACGUCCAAACUUAAUUCUUGGAUUAGUAAUUUGUCAGAAAACUAAGCGACCUGCAGCUGUACUGGAAACUGAAAAGAUGGAAGAAAAGAAAAGCAGGAUUCAAUUGCAGGAAGAAACUGAAGUAUCUGCGUACCCUAAAGGCAAUAUGGCUUCUCAGCAAGAGAAAAAACCUGCAAAAUUCUCUCUCUAUACUGGAGAAACAAUUGUCAGUACAACACCACCUGGAUCUCCUCCACCUCCACCCCCAGAGCCAACUUCUGCGUUAAAAAUAUUGUCAUCAAUUAAAUCUGGAAGCUCAGCCACUGUUGCACAAUCAAGUGCUUCUGUGUUGGGAAUUAACACAGCUACUGCAUCUUCUACUGCUUCCUCAUCUUCAAAAUCAGCCACACCACUUGAUCACAUCCUGCAAACUCUUUUCGGGAAAAAGAAAUCUUUUGAUCCUGUUUCCAAGGAUUCUGAAGGUGCUCAGACUGAAAUGCAGACUGUUGGUGAGGAAGGAUUACCAGCAGCUCCCAUACUUGAUCCCAUUGUGCAGCAAUUUGGACAAAUGUCGAAAGACAAAGCUAUAGAAGAGGAGGAAGAUGACAGGCCUUAUGAUCCUGAGGAAGAGUAUGCUCCACAGAAAGCUUUUGAAAUGCAAAGUUGUGAAAGUGGUCUUGAAAAAAGAUGUGAAACUUCAGAGCAAGAAGAUGAAGCCUAUGAUCCAGAAGAUGAAACUAUCUUAGAAGAGGCAAAGGUUACUGUUGAUGAUUUGCCUAAUAAAAUGUUUUCGGAAUCUAAAAGCCACUCCUUGACAGCAUCAUCUUCAUUUGUGCCCGAUGUAUCUGCUCCACCAUCUUUGGUAGAGCAACAGAAAAUGUUAGAAGAAUUAAACAAACAAAUAGAAGAACAGAAAAGACAGCUGGAAGAACAAGAAGAAGCCCUCAGGCAACAACGAGCAGCUGUUGGUGUAUCAAUGGCUCAUUUUUCAGUUUCUGAUGCUUUGAUGUCACCACCUCCAAAAUCAUCUCUAGCAAAAAAUGAGCUAUUCCAACAUGAAAAACAAACUACUGAAAAAUCUGAAUUGCCUACAUCCACAAGUCAAACUCAAUUGUUAAAUCAGGGAAGUGAUCCUAGACAAAGUAGAGAUCCCAGACAAGCUAGAAGGAUUCUAACAGAGUGUAAUGAAAGUGCUGACUCUAAUGUAAAGCAGCAUGUUAUAGAAUCGCCUACAGUACAAAUUCCUCCACCCAGCUAUGCAGGUCCAUUGCAAACUGCACUUGACAAAGCAGAUAAAACAUUGAUUUCUGUCCCUCAUCCUAGUCAUAAAGAUACAUGGGUUACUAGUGAAAAAAGUUCUGUUAUGUCUGAACAAGAUGUGCCCACUAUCAACCCUGAAAAUGCCCCACAGGUUCACCAGGAAACUGUAAAUAAACCAGCUUCUAUUGAAACAUCUACAACUGCACCUGUUCGUAAAGUACUGCUACCCACCCCUGUCAAUCCAUGUUUCCUCCCUACUUUCUCUUCACCUAACAGUGUUCAGUCUGUAGCUUGGUCAAAUGAAUCUCAGGAGAAAAAUGUUCCAGGGGUAGCAAGGGAUUCUUUCCCAAGCCCAGUGUUCCCAUCUCAGGAGAAAGCUCCUGGUCAUUUUGAAACAGAAAGAGGUCUAUCACAUUAUGAAGACCAAAGAAAUCCACAGCCUUGCCACUUUUAUGAACAAAUGGAGUCACCCACAAUUAAAAAUGAUGAAGAAAGAGGUGGGCCCCCAUUUUCUUCUCUUGGGCACAAAAGCGGUCCUCCAUUAAUGAGUGGUGCUCCAGAUUUCCAUGGACAGAGGGGUCUACCACAACAGUUUACUGAAGGGCAUAAUCCUCUACCAAAUAAUGAUGGACAAAGAGGGCCUCCACCCAACAGGUUUGGAGCCCCAAGAGCACCUAUCCCUUCCUUAUUUUCUGCACAACAUGGACCACCACCACCACAUUUUGGUGAUAAUAGGGGCCCUUCACAAUCAUUUCCUGAUGGGCCAAGAGAAAUUGCACCUUCUCAAUUUGAAGAGCAUAGGGAACCUCACAUGGAACACAGGGAUUCCCAAUAUGCAGAUCCCCAAUAUCAUGAGAUGAGUGGUGGUCCUGGACAAUUUGAAGGACCUGAGCCUCCACAGUUUAUGGGAAAUAGAGGACCUUCACCCUUUCCUUUCGGGAACCCAAGAAGGCCUCCACCAAAUCAAUUUAAAGGUCAAAGAGGAGGCCCGUCACCUCAGUUUGGAGGGCCAAGAGGUCCAUCACCUAACCAUUUUGGUGGUUCAAGAGGUCCUCCUCCAAAUCAGUUUGAAGGACAAAGAGGACCUGCUCCAAGUCACAUGCCAGGACCAAGAGGACUUCUACCACCACCGUUUGAAGAACGGAGAGGGAGCCCACCACCCAGGUUUCCAAAUCAGAGAGGUCCAGCACCACAUCAGUUUGGAGGACCAAGGGGACCUGCACCUGGUCUAUUUCCAGAAAAAAAUGAACCUCCCCCAAAUAGACAUAACUUUCCAGGACAAUCUCAGCAAGGUAUGAAGCCAAGCCCCAGACCACUCUUGGAUCUUCCAAGUCAUCCACCUCAGCACAGGAAAGAGAUGUGGGAUGAAACUGGACCACCUGCCUCUCAUCCUAAUACUUCAGGGCAGGGUUCUGAGACAGAAGCACAGUGGUCAGCAUCUGAUUUUCGAGAUGGCCGAAGUAAUGACUAUAGAGCUCAGACUUUUGAAGGGAGACAAAGAGAGAGAUUUGAGGGAGGUAAUAAGGAAAAAAUACUAGAGCAGUCUGAUCAGUCAGAUAAUCGAUCAAAUAGAGUAACAGAUGAUAGACGACGAGAUCGUGACCACAACUGGGCUUGGGAAAGGGACCGUGGCAGAAACUGGAAUAGGGGGAGAGAAAGGGAAUGGGAGAGACAUAAAGAAAAAGACUGGGAUAAAAACAGAGAGAGAAACUAUAACAAAGACAGGGAUAGAGAUUCAGAACGGGGGAAAGACUGGGAAAGAACCAGAGAGAGAGCCAGAACCAGAGAUGGAGAUACUUACCGAAGACGAGACAGAUCAAGAAGCAGAGACCGUGAUUAUGACAGAUUCAGGGACAGAGAACGAGCUCGAAGUAGAGACAGAGAAAGGGAUAGAGAAAGAGAUAGAGACCGUGACAAAGACAGAGCAAGAGAUCGCAAGGACCGGAGUAAAAGUAAGGAGUGCGAUAAGGACUCUAAGCAAGAAACACAAACUGGUGGCCAAAGGGCAUCACAUGCAGAAGCUUCUUCCGCUAAGCAGACAUAGAAACAUAAUAAUUCUUCAAUAAUGAGCCACAUGAGGAAGAAAAACAUGACUCUUUAUUACUUGUACAUAUUGUAUAUUCUGAUCGUUACGCAUAGUUUGGUAAAACCUGUUUCACAAAUGAGAUUUUGGAUUGUAAAUGCAUAUAUUCAUAUAUUAAGCAGGUACAUGCUGGACUUGCUACAUUUUGUUCGCCUCCUCCCUCUAUAAGAUAUGUAAGGCACAAUCCUUUCCCGCAUGGGCACAGUGCCUGAGUACUGUUUUCCCCUAGCCUUGGACCAUUGCACUGCCUGCUAGACCAGGGGUCUGGGACCAGGGGAUCCAAUAUUCCAUCCACACAGAAAAACUAAUGCCUAUAGCAUUACAGUUCUAAAAUGUUGCUUUUUUCCUACUUACUUUGUCUUUAAAUUUCCAUUUACAGAAGUAAAAAUGGGAACUCUCUUCAAUGAGCACAUUGCUUUUUAUGGAUGUAAAGUUAUGUUUUCCACUAACUUGAAAUGUAAUUUUAUGAAAAUUUAAACAAUAUCUUAGAAGCCAUACCAUUACAUCUUAAAUAUAUAGUAUUUUGGUGUUUCAGUACAGUAGUUCCUACAUUCAGGAGAGCCCAACAUUUCUGUCCUGAGCUAAUUAGGGCAGGAUUUUGUGUAUUUAAAGAAAGAUUGCUGGGGAGCAGUAUUUCUAGCAGCUGGCAGAGUAUUUGAAUAAUAAACAUUAAGCUUCUAGGUUCAUUAUCUUCCUUUUUACAUGAGGGCAUUUUGAGUUAGAUUUCAACUAAGACAAAAAAAUGCCUGAGUAAGUAACCAUAUUUCCUGUUUAGUUUAAGGUUUUUAAUGUUGAAUUUGUACAAAAAGUGUAAUUGAUUAAAAAUUAAUGACACCUCUAUACAAAGCAACUAAACUUUUAAAACAUACUUAUUGGAAAACAUUUUAUAAAUUGUUCAAAUGACUGACUGAAAAGAGAGUAGUUUGCAGAUCUAAUCCUUUGUUCAGAAUAAAUAUGGAUAAUUUAAGCAGUUUGACUUUUCCAGUGCUUAAAGGAAAAUAUUUGGACAAGUUGUGUUAAGUACCUUUGAGUCUUACUAAUAACAACGGGAGACAUUUAAGUAUGUAAUAAUUGCCCCAUUGAAAUAUGUGGAGCUUAAAAGUGCUUAAAUUAGGCUAGAAUACAUCCUCAGUCCUGUUCUUGCCACACUCAUGGCUAUCUUGAUAACAUUGGAAAGAAAUAUUUGUGUAAAAAAUGGAGUAGUAAAACUGAUACUAACAAAUCUGCUUUAAAGAGGAGAGCUUUUCACUGUGAAAUAAUGCAGUAUACUAUUACUUUUCCUGUAUCUUUCAAGUUCAUAAUUCAAAAGAAUGCAUGGGGGGAAAUCCUACCAGUUUAACUGAAUUUAUGCACUUAUAGUUGAGCAGUUACUUUGAUAUUUUUAUAAACAUUUUGCAAAUGUAAAAAUAGAUUCGUAACAUUGGCAUUUUCAGAUCUGCAUUUCAAGUAGCACUACUCCUAUAAAUAAAUCACUACAGAUUUACACUUUAUAUUGGUACAUCUUACACUUUAAACAUCAAGGACAAACUGAUUUAAACAAUGACCUGUAUGCAAAACUCUUUUGCAAAAUAUUAAAAAGAGAGAGGUAGUGUAGAACAUAAAUAUCUACUAUGAUGUAAUUUUUCUAUUCAAAAUGUUUCUAACUUAGAUAUAUAUGAAAGUAUGCAAAAUCAAGUGUUUGUUUAGGUUUAUUUGAAAGGGGUUUCUGUAAAUUGUAUUUUAUAUUUCAGAAUAUAUCACUGUACAUUAAAUGUGGAACUUCAUAGGUUUUGUUACUGUAAGUCAAAUAAACAUCU